GCUUGGGCUUCACUCCCCGCCUCUGCUUGCUGCGAGAGCACCGAGGCCGUGCAGAGCCAAGCAGCGCCGCCGCCGCCGCCGCCUGCGUGCCUGGGGGCAAAAGAGAAAGCGAGCGAGCGGAGACGCGCAGCCACCGAGGGCGCCGGGCAAGCCCAAUGCGCGGACUAGGUGCCUUUGCAACAUGCAGGAGCUACACAUCAGCUAAACGGAGUUUGCACGCCGCUGCUGGGGCUGGAUUGCAGCGCUCUCUUUCCUUAUGAAGAAGGCACAAGUGAGUAUCGCGCGGGGGAAGUUAUGCGCUCUUGUGGUAUAUAUUUUUGCACGGAUAGGUGGCGGCGGCGGGGAGAUGGUCUCCUCUCCGGAUGACUCAGAAAAGAGCAAUUGCUCAGGGAACUCGGAGAACCCGCUCUUAGGCCGGAGUAGCGCUGCCUUCCUUCCUCGGGCACUUGUCUCAACUGAGAGAGACCUGCCCGGGGCUGUCGGAGUGCACGCUGAAUGCUGAGCUGACAGGCGUCUGAGUCUCCGGAGUGUAGCAGGAGCUCUUAACUUCCUGCACGUGGAUUCGGGUGGCACAGACAUGGAAGUCGUAUCUGGGUUCCCAGCAGAUGGGCAUCGACCUAUAGCACUUGGGAUGUGCUGAUGAUGAGCUAGCCCUCUGCCAGGUUGCUCUGACCCAGAGGCACUGCGUCCGUUGCUCGCCAAGGCGCCUUCCCCACGACAGCGCUGUUCCCGAGUUUCGCGCAGCGAGACGCUGCCCUUAUCUGUUCCUUCCUCCUUAUCUGCACUGUCCUUUGUGCAAUUUCGAGGGAAAGUUCCUUGCUGCACUGAUAGGGCACUAUUAAUAGAUGAUGUAUUACAGAUGGUGUGAAUAAUGCACACACGAGAUAAGCAGGUUGGCAAGCAGGCGCACGGAACCUGUCCCCGCUGAAAUUUUGCUGGGAGAGAGACAUGCUGCUGCUUAUUUCUGGCUUGCAGCAACUUCAUUCAAACCUCCCGUUCUGUGCGCAUCCCUUCCACGUACACUUGCAUCUGUCACCACCAAUACACUUCCAUUUCUCUCUCCUUGCCCAGCCUUGCUUAAUACAUGGCUCUGUGCGCUUAUUAGAACCCUCUUCCAUUACUGCUUCCCAAGUUGCGCCCAAGUGGCGGGUAGUGUAUCUUACAUAUGAGGCAGAAGGUGUUUGCAGAGAAAGGAACCAGAAAAUAAUUGCUCUGGGAUUUAUUUUUAUUUUUUUAUUGCUAAUUACAAUAAGCUGCUUAAAGUGUGACUUGAAGGGAAUGGGUAGUGUGCAGAAGUUGUGUCUACUUUGUGCAUAUGACACUUGGUUUUGUUUAACGUUUUCACAUAACUGGUUCUUUCCUUUCCCCACCCCCUUAUCGCAAAGCUGUGCUUACUUUCCUGCCAACUUCCUUCGGUACCUGCUGCUCUCUUGGCUCAUUCCAUUUUAGGUCUUUCAUGUGUAUCUAAUAGGGGAAAGGAUGCAGUGGAUGCAAGAAAGGAAAUAAGGUGGGAGGGGGGAAUCAGGAAAAUUCAUUUUGGUAGAUCGGUCCAUUGGUUGCUCAAGAAGAAUGAAACAGGGAGGCUCUGUAUUUUAUGUGACACUUAGCACUUAAUUUUGGGAACCUGAGAUCUUAGGCACCCUGAAAGAUUUAAUACCUAUUUGCAGGGUAGAUUGAUCUCUGACAGUCUUUGUAGUACUGUAGUACUGGAAAGUAAAAGUCCUACAAACUUUGGCUGUUUGGUGGUUGGCCCUUAAUUGCCUGGUUUGUACCCAACCAGGGUACAAAGUUUGCAGAGUUAGGCUGUAUGCUGCAAACUUCCAGGUGUCUGAAUCUGCUUAGAACUAAAUGAGCACUCACAAGCCCUCCCAAAAGUUGGUUGCAAUAUAAUGUAAUGAGGACAAGGGAUUUGCUUUAAAAAUAAAAACUUUAAACGGCAAUGCCAGCCGGAUCUCACUCCUAGACUAGAACUUGAGUCUUUUGGAAAAGGAAAGUUUAUUUUUAAUGUAAUGUUAAUGUUAACAUUCCAGAUUCCAGCAAAGCUGACAUGAUAGAUCUCAUCCCAUUAAUCUGAGGAAGGAGGCAGUUAGCUUUGGUGCUCUGGGUCAUAUGGCUGAGCUCAGGAGUUCCUCACGGUGGCCUGUGGCACUGUUUUGACUUAGCAGAGAAGCAUCCAUCAGCCACCACCACACUCUCAGCCUUCUUGUGAGCUGGAAUUCAGUUUCAGGGAUGUGGUCAGGCUGAGAGCGAUAUUUUUAUUUUUGUCAUUGGAAAAAAUGGAGGGUGGGGGCCAUUUGCCGAAAGAUCUGUUCUCUUCUUGCUGAACAGUGUUAGAUGUUAAUCUAAGCCGAGAAGGGCAAAAACAAAUGUCUGAUUCCUUCGGAGAGAUCAGAGUAGACGAGGCUUCAAGCAAGAAGAGGAAGUGCCUUUCCCCCCCUCUCCCCACUUUAGAAAAAGUAACAUUCCACACUCAAGGCAAGUAGAAACUAAUCUGGUGGUGAUAGUCAAGCACACCUGAUUUCCCCCUGCUCCCUUUGUGUCAUGCAACAGAGUGCGAAUGAAAUGGAUUAAACCAGAGGAUGUUUCACCUGAGGUGUGGAUGUAGGUUGAUGUUAGUAGGUGCCUCCUUUUGACCCGGGGAGAGGGGGGAUUGUACUGAAUGACCUCUAGGUGGCUUCAGAGUGUGAUGUAAUCAGCCACUACAUCAUUCUACGUCAACCAUUGUUUUAUACCUUUCAUCUUGCUUCUGUAGUAUGCCCUAUUGUUCCCACCACAUUUUCACCCAAUGGCUUUUUGAAGAAAAAAAAGGGGGGUGAGAGAAACAAGGUGGAUAAGCGAAUAGCUUCUGCUUCAAUUUGUGUUAAAUAUUUCAGGUCAGAUUUUCAGCUUGAUUCCAAACGUCUUUUCUUGGAAGUAAGUCCUGCUGAGUUCAGUACUAAGCUCAGUAGGACCUAGUUCGUAGCAAGCAUGCUUCGUAUUGCAACCUAAGGCUCUAAUGCUAAGCAUGCUUGAUGGGAGUAAGUCCCACUGAACUCACUGAUACCUGUGCAUUUAUGAGCGGCUUUAAAAAUAAAGUUUUUGAGCAACUGGUAUGACUUACACAGAAGAUCACCAGUUUUGUUAUUAUUAUGAUUUUUAAUCCUUAAAAUUCAUUAUAGGACAUAUGCAAGAUAUGAACAUGCUUAUAUAUACAAAUAUGUGAGUAUAUCGUAAUGUGGAAGUUUAACUCUUCUAUUAUGGUUAGGGGUACAGUUAGAAAAACAGAUGCAUAUAAAUAAAGUAGUUUGAUGUGCAAGAGAAGAACUUCAUUUAUAACAGCCUUGAUGUGUAGUUUGUGACCUCCCACACUUAAAGGAAAGAACCCAAGUAAGCUGGCACCACUUUUAUCAUAUUGGAAAACACUUUUCAUAACUGGGAUCUGAGCAUGUAUGUACAAGAUUUUAUUAUAUGUUAUGGUCUUUACAAAAAUGUCUUUGUAGUAAGGCCUUUUAAAUUAACCAUGUAGGAUUCAAACAUUCAGCUACUCAUUUACAGUAAGCACACUGAUGUAAGCACGUUGAAGGAUUACUUGGGUGAGAGGAUUUGCAGGAUGAUAAGUUUAGUAAAAGAAACACUAGUACAAGAGGCAAAUCUAUACAAUUUUGACCCUAUCAUUCAAAACAUUAAAAAAAAAAAGGUGGCAGGGGAGAAUGAGUUUAGAAAAUUUUGGACUUGCAAAAAAGCCCCUAUUUUUACAGCUUUGAUUCUGCAGCUAAUAUAUUGGGAGAAGUGUGUGUGUGUGUUUUAAAAAGAUACUGCAGUGAUUGCACCAACUGUAUGUCAGGCAUUGAAAUCUGAGGGAUAAUAAUGAAUUUGGUGAUAACUGCCCAGAGCCCUCAGAAAUUUGACCUGUUGGCUAGACAUGCAAACUUUAGGAGACCUUAGUAGUGGAAAAGAGCUAGAGGCAGAAAGAAUACAGCUUUCUUUUGUUGAAUGCGUACAUUCAUUGCCAGCAGUUAUAUGACCUUCAGGGCUUCUCAGCGAGGACAGUCCUGGUAGUGCAGCAUUCUUGCUGUUGAAGAGGAUCUUUGGAAAUAAGCAGGCAGUGCAAACCAUACCAGAAUAUUUCCCGAAGGAGAGCAGAAAUAAAGGGAAGAUGAUAUUAUCACCACCACCAUCAUCAUAAUCAUUAUAUCUUGCAAGACAAACCAAGACACCCAUAUUCCCAUACCACUUGAAGGACUUGUGCACUUGAUUCAGAAGCCUUCCUAAAGGCCCAAUUUUUGUGACAAAGCAGUCUUUGCUUUGGGAAAUGAGAGCUGCACUCGUAAAGGGGCAGUUAAACUUACUGACCUGGUCUGGAUCUAGACGUGUCCAAGAUGUGACUCAGCUUUUUGUUUAGUCAUCUUAGUCGUGUGUAACCUGACCCCAUGAACCAGAGCAUGCCUUGGGAACUCUCACUUUCUUCUCAAAUCUUCUCCGUUUUUAUGUCCAUGGAGUUUUCUUGGCAAAAUACUGGAGUGGCUUGCCGGUUCCUCCUCCAGGUGGAUCACAUUUAGUCUAAACUCUCGGCUAUGACCUGUCCAUCUUGGGUGGCCCUGCACGGCAUAGCUCAGAGCUUCUUGGAGUUAUCCAAGCCCCUUUGCCACAACAAGGUAGUGAUCCAUGAAGGGGGUGAUUCAGCUAAACGUGUUGUAAACUCAUACUGUACAGGAAAUCCAGUAGGGAAAGACAGGACUCCACAGCACCUUCUGGUGUCACAUUGUUAUAUCGCAUAUACAACACAUAUAAAACGCUUUCUCUUUGCCAAUCUAGCUGAGUCCCUGUAGUAUUGAAAUGCCACUUUGUUCUCCUAAUAGCCUAAUAAUAAAGAGAAUACCUGGGGGUGAGAGGCAGCACCUCCUUGAGCAUCAGAGGAGAAGGUUCAAAGAUUGAAUGAUUAUGCCUAGAUGCAAAAGAGCUGAGCUGGAAAUAAGUUUGGGUUUUCAGUUUCUAUGUGAGCCAGAGUGAGACACCUGACUAUUGCAGGCAUAAUCCUAGACCAAUAAAGUGUGAUCUUGGUGUCUGGCCAUUUGUUUGUAUGCUUAUGUUUAAAACUCAGUGACAGUUUCUUCCCUCCCCCUUAAAAAACAAACAAACCAACCUCUGGCUUUGUUUUUCAGGGCUUGGUUUGGACCAGCAGUAAGCUUCCGAAUCUUUUUUCAGUAUCAGUGCUUAGGUUUUGGAAAAAGCAUAAUAGUAAAUAAAUGUGUCUUUAAUCGGUGCUGAGGGAAUUUUCCUUGGAAUUCGUGGCUGCAACCAACCCUCCCACAGUUCAGAGGACUUCUUGCACCCCAACUGUCUGCACAAAAUCUGUGAUCCUUUAGCAGGGUUCAUUUCUUUUAUAACUCCAGCAGAACCCCAUUAUCUAAUUCAGGCACAUGUUCUUGAAAUGAGUGUUCUAACACCUUAUGCAACAUUUCAAUGAUGGAUGAGCCAUGAUAGACCUGAGAGUCCUGUGCUGGAAGCUUGCUGUUGUUGUAGCUUUUGCAUGACUCAGCAAUGCAUGGUGUUAUUCCACCUUUAUACAAUGCCAUAGGGGAAGCUGUUAUUCCAUCCAGGAAGCCAGCUCAGGAGUUGUACAACAUAGGAUGCCUAGGUUAAAAUUGAACGUACAUUAAAAAUUGGCACCUGCUACAAAGAAAGCAUAUAAAACCAGUUCACAUUAUUUCUGUUGGAUGCUGUGGGGCAAUGCCACCAUGAAAGAGAGACAGAAUAAAUAUUAUGUUGAAGGAGAGCUUCAUUUCUGCACAUCCUUCCAUUUACUUAGCACGUCAUUUUAAAAAUGCCUAUCAUUUUAAUUAAACUGAUGAAUUUCUUAUUUUAAUAGGGCACUUAAGGGGCGUAUCUGGCAAAUAAAAAAGAAUAUUUUUGAUCCAAAGUCUUUGUAAUGACCGAAACUUGUAUAAGUGUGAAUAUUAGUUCUUUUAUUAGUUAAAAAACUCAUUUGGAAAUGAACUGAAUAACUGCUGGAGGGGAUGUGUAUGGGGAGCAUAGAGAUGUAAUCUUCAUUGAAUAAUUGAUUUUAAAACUGCAAGCAUCCACAGGUUGUAAUUCUCAAGCUACUCAUUUUGGCAUUGAUCCAUGAAGGCCAUCAGGUCUGCUACUAAGAAAUUAGUUGGAGAUCUGCAACCAAGGUUUCUUAAAACAUAAGUUAUACUGGCUAAAAUGCUUUCCUGGCUGCUUAGAAUAACCUCUAAGGUAUGUGGGGAAGAUAGGAGCUGAACCGCAAUGGUUUUGUUGGGAAGAUGUUACUGUUUCAAAAUACAGUUUAUAAGUGAUUUGAUGUGAGUAACUUCCGUUCUAUCAUGUUCAAAGAGUUUGUCUGCACUACUGCUGGCCUGGGAAUCAUUUUUGUGGCUUUGGCGUGCAAGAGUUACAGCUCAUUUUUCUGUGUCUUGUCUUUUCAUAUAUCCUUCCCUCCUACCGAGGCUCUCCUCUGACUCCUUUUUGGGAUAUACAGGGUGGUAUUCAAUGCUAGUCCUACUCAAAGUAGACUCAUUGACAUUAAUGGACACGACUAACUUGGGUUCAUUCAUUUCAGUGGGUCUGCUCUCUGUUGGACUUAGUUGCAUAAAACCCACUGGGUUUGCAUGACAGUAGCUGGCCUAUCCUCAGGCAUGCUGGAUAGAAGCUUCUUGGCUAUUUCAUACCUAAAUCAAGUUUAGUGAAAAGCAGUGUGUGGAGGGAAACCAGGAAAAUACAAGGUGGGACAGAGGUGAGACACCUUGCAUUCUAUCAUUUUGUGUGAGGGGAGAAUGCACAAAGGACAACAAACUCCUACAGUGGUAAUUGCUUUUCCAUUGGAUUCAUGCAAAAUCCAUAUAGCUGACUCGCAACUUGCACAGUGGUUAUGUUUCAGGGGUGGUGCAUAAAGCCGAAAUCAUGUAUAGUCAAAAGAACCCUGAAAUUGCCCCCUGCAGGGACCCCUCCCUUUCUGAAGCUGGUACACUGAGCAUGCCUUGCUGCUGCUACCUCACCCCAAGGUGGAGAGCUUUUAAGGUCUCCGCUUUGCUUAUUGGGCUUUUGGAAGCUCUCGUGCAGACUGUGGAAGGCUCAUGGGCAAGAGGGGUGACCCUGUGAGAGCUUCCCUGAGCCCAGUAAGCAAGGUGAAGAGCCUAAAAGAUCUUCCUGUGCCUUGCAUGCAUUUAAUUUGUGCCAUGUCAGCUGGCCAGACUCCAACCACGUAAAUCUGCAAUAGAGCAUGUUAAAGGCGCAAAAGCUGUGAGUCAGCCAUACAUAUUUUGUAGUGACCUAAAGUGGUUAGAUAAAUGCAUUCUCUCUCUCUCUCUCUCUCUCUCUCUCUCUCUCUCUCUCUCUCAUGAUUUGGGGUGAGGGACAUGGAGGUUUAUAAAAUGAUGCGUGGCUUGGAGAAAGAGAAGGCAUUAUUCCUCUCUCAUAUAACGCUUGAACCUGGGAUGAUCCAACAAAGUGGAAUAAGGGAGCAUUCAAGACAGACACAAGGAUGUAUUUACACAGGGCAGAGUUAACUUCUGGAAGUUGCUGCUCAGGAUAUGGCAUCUGCUACCUACAUAGAUGGCUUUUUUCAAGGAAAUGAGAAAAAAGUGUGUGCAACAAUGGCAUACAAUUCACUUCAGAGGGAAGGUCAUUCCAAAGCCAGGGAACCACCAUAGAACCAGCUCUCUUAUAUUCCCCUGCCCUUCAAAAACCAUAGAGGUGGCAGUGCCAUUAACACCCAGACAGGUCAGUUCAAAGGAGCUCCUCCUCCUUGAGGGUUUCCCAGAGGCAUCUGGUUAAUUAAUGUGGAAAUCAGGAUCCUGAACUGGAUAGGCCUUUUGGCUGACCUAGCAGACCUCUUCUUGUGUUCUUAUUACUCUGGGAUAGCAUGGAGAGUGGCAACUGAGUAACCCACCUUUGGUUAUGAGAUAUGAGGAAGCAGUAGUUGAGGUGGACAUCAACAUCUAGGUAGAUGCUGUAAAUGCAAGGCUAAACAAGAUUCCAAGAGUGUGCUAUUGAUGGCUCUUUCCGAAUCUUUGUGACAGGGUGAGGUUUUUUUUUGUUUUUGUUUAUCUAGUAAUUUCCCAAAUUCUGAGUCAACUCCUAGAAUUGGGUCAGGCUCAACAGGUUGCUGGGAAAGAGAAGGCAAGAGAAAAGGUACGCUUGCUCUGUUGGCUUAAUUUAACUUGGGGACAUUGGUAAAUUGCUUAUGGAAACCACUUAAGGUUUUUAAAUUAUUAAAUUAAGUGGUGUAAAAACUUCAUAAAUGAACAAACAGGAUCAAGUUGGCACUGCCUUUUUUUAAAUAAUUGGAUUACUCAGUUUAGGGGGAGAAGAGUACAGGUGUUGCCAACUGGGUUGAAUAUUCUUCCAUUAUUCUUUCAAAUAACCUGCAGAGGUUCAUCCCAGCUUCUGCACUUGGGUCCUGUUUGCAGACUUUCCAUGAGCAUCUGGCAGCCCUUUGUGAGAAGAGGAUGCUGAACUAGAUGAACCUUUGGCCGGAUCCAGCAGGGAUCUUUUUAUGUUCAUCUGCUGGGCAUCCAGAGGAGGGCCUUCUUUGUUGGUGGUGCAUGUCCCUGUUGAGAUCAGAGCCAGAUACCAACAGUGCUGUGUUGCUAUGAUGUGAACCAGUUUAGUAUUUCUUUGUAAAUGAGGAGUGGUGUAAGAAUCAUUUCAAUCCAUCAAUCAAUAAAAUUCCCUUAAUGGGAAAGAUCAGAGCAAGGGUUUGCGUUGAAGGUUGGGAGAUGGGGAAAUGCCAAAGCGAUAAGCUGUAGAGCAGAGUGACCAACUCAAAAGUUUGAGGGGCUCCUAAUCAAAUUUCACUGAGACUCAAAGACUCUUAUCCAUUUGGCGGCAGUUGAUAGAAAGGUGAUUGUAAAAUAAAAGCCUGUUCAUUUGGCCCCUGGGUAUGCUGAGCACAUGAAAGGCGGGGGUCUGUGUCAUAUGUGUACAUGACAUACGCACAUAGGUUGUGUGCCUGCACAACUGGGAAAACAGUCAGGCAAACUGCCAGCAUUUAUUUUUAUCUACUUGUCCACUUUUGAUAUAUUUAAAUAGAGCAUAUUUAUUUAUUUAACUGUGUUUAUGUAGCUGCCCUGUAGCAGGAGUUCUCUGGGCAGCUCCUGAUCACAUAUAUGCAUUGGAAGUCAAUAUUCAAAUGGAUGGAUGGAUGGAUGGGUGGAUGAAUCUGUAGCCCCGGUGCAGAAAAGUUGGUGAAUGCCUGGUGGUCAUGAGAGCACUUGGGAUGCAUUCAGGGUCACAAACCAUCUGUAGGACAUCACAUUGAUUACCCUCAGUGUAGAGAAUAUUUGGCACAGGAUGUUUUCCCUUGGCUGCAUAGAUUUGAGAGUCCUCACAUUUGUGGAACAAACCUAUCUCUCUCUCUCUCUCUCUCUCUCUCUCUCACACACACACACACACACACACACACACACACACACUUUCCUCACCUCCACUUAUGGAUGAAAGGAGACAACAUUGUGUAGCAGAAAUAUACACAUACAAAUCCUAUGAACAUACAGUUUGAGCACACAUAAGGAUUUCACAAAUAGCCAAGUGAGCACAUGUUGGUUGGGGGAAGGACUUGCUGCAAUGACGAGCCUCCUCAUUUCUUCCGCACAUCAUGUGUGUCCACUGUGUAAGUGUUGUGUUCUUGCCUAUUCUCUUUAAGUAAGAAAUAUAACAAUGCUCAAGUCAUUUGUCUUCAAAGCAGCAAGUGUGUAUUCAAACCAUGCUCCUUUCACUAACAGUGCAAUCUUACACAUAACUAUGUAAGUCCCAAUUUGUAGACAUGCAUAGUAGGAUUUAACUCUUUGAAUAUUAUUUCUGACUUAAUCGUAUCCCAAAGACAAAGAAACAAAGAAAUAAAUUUGGAUUUUUAUCCUUUUAAAGAAUUUGUUCUUGGAGAUUAAAUAGAUUUUUAAGGGGGGGGACUGUAAGUGUCCAAAAACCACAAUGUUUUCAUCGUGUGUUCCAUUUAAUGUGCCAAUAGUAUCGAUGGUAAUGAAAUGCUAAGCUGAUGAACUACCGUUGUUGUGCUUAUAUGUAUUAAUGGAUUUGUGUGAGUUUUCCUGCCAUGCCUGGCUUUUCCCAACAUCACUUUUCUCUCUCUCCAAAAUCUUCCACACGUUUCCCACCCUGCUGCGCUGCUCCUUGCCAUGGCGACUCACACUAAUACUUCUAGAAAUUGUAUCUCCUCAGGGAUGUUCCUGCUGACCUUGUUUAUACUCUGCACAUCCCUAGAUUUUUCUCUGUUCGACUGACACCUAGAUUAGGAAUUGUAAAUGGAAUUAUAUUGUGUGAAAACAGCAAUUUCUUGUGGUUUGAAGGAUUGUGUUUGAAGCUUAAUAGAAGGGAUCCCAGGGUGCCACUGGUAAACAGAUGUUCAGGUUUAUUGAAAGGUUUGCAAAUUCUAAAACACUGUUGGGAAAAAAGGAAUGACUUUAUUCAUUACUCUGCUGUAUAUCUAACUGAGAAUAUUUUUUUUUUUAAAGUUCCGCUGAUCUAAUAUUUUCUAUAGUAGCAUCUGGUGCAUAUCAGCAGUUGACUGUGUGUAGUCAUCAUAUUUGUAUCCCUACCUCACCUAGAAGGAAUGCAAGGUGGCACACCACAAUUCUCCCCACAACAAUCCUCUCAGGUGUUGUUUCCUAAGCAACACCACCUUCUUAAAAAAAUAUUCCACUUUGGUAAUAUAAGAACUGCCAUGUGUAUCUCUGUAUGAAAUCACAGAGAACUGCUGACUGGCAGUACAGUGGUACCUUGGUUGUCGAACGGCUUGGAUCCCAAACAAACUGGCUCCCGAAAACCGAAAACCCAGAAGUGAGUGUUCCGGCUUGCGAAUGUUUUUUGGAAGUCAAACGUCUGAUGCAGCUUCUGAUUGAGUGCAGGAAGCUCCUGCAGCCAAUAGGAAGCCGCGCCUUGGUUUUCGAACAGUUCCGGGAGUUGAAUGGACUCCUGGAAUGUUUUAAGUUUGACAGCCAAGGUACCACUGUAUAAGCCAUGAUGGGGAGAUUCUGGCUUGGGUUCAGAUGCAUUUCUGCUGCCCCCAGAAAUAUCCCCAGGUAUUCGCCACCCUUCUCAAGUGCUGUUUGCAUGGCUAGAAUGUUUCCUUCAACCAUAUCAGUGGCUCAGUCUUACCCAGAUGGAGACAUGUUGGUCUUUUCAACCAUUAAGUUGGUUUUUUGAGGGGGAGGGAAGAGGUGAUGUUUGGGAAGGGUCUCAAAAUGUGGCUGCUCUCCUCACAUGUUAAUGAUUUAUCUGUGAGUAACAUGUACAUGCUUGUAUGUCCCAACAUUUGAAAUAGUGAGAUCAGUUGUGUUUCUGCAGGAAGGUUCCAGUUAGCAAAGAACACUGGAGCACUUACAGUCCUUGACUCAGUCAAUGGGUUGGUUUGGAACUAACGCCAAACCAUAUUUUAGCUUUUAUGAGAACAAGUUUCACAGAGCUUGGGCUGGUAUACCUUGCUGUGACUGCGUGGAGGAGCUCAAAAGCUUUGAGUUCUUUAUUAUUAGCCACAUGUCAUCGAAACCCUAAACUGUGAUUUGUUGUAGCUAUAGCUAGUUGAAACAAGCCUUCAUAAACUAUGGUUUGAAGUUACCUUGUACUGUAUUAACAUACGAUAGUUAAGAUUAAUUACAGUUUGUGGGGGUUUUUAAUGGCAUGGCAAGAUUCUGAUAUUGAUCCUGUGCCCAUGCUGGAUGAAAAUAUGGGAUGGAAAUCUUGCUGAGCCCAAGGCUCAGUGUGACUCAUAUUCAUAACACUAUUUGGGGAAAUUGUUUUUCAAAACUGUGGAUGUUAGGAAAAAGUCACAUACAAAAUGUGUACAUUAGGAGAAAAUAUUGUAGCACUAAAGUGCUGAUUAAUUUUCAUGUGUUUUUAAAGCAAAAUUUGAGAGUCACCCAACCCUACUUUGAAUGGAAAUCUACCCCAGGUCUUUGUCAAGGCCUUUGGAAGGUAGUGAGACCUGAAAUGAACCAGUCAGUUAGAAUCUGAUUGUCUCCUGUUGCUACUUGAUCUUCUGUAUUUUAAAGAAGUUUUAUGGUGUUUCAAUUAUUAGGUAUAUGUGUUUAUUGUUUUCUUGACCUGUUUUACUGUUGUGUUCUCACCCUGGAACCAGUAGGUGAAGGAUGAGUUUGAAAUAUCAAAAAAUAAAUAAAUUCAGAUUCAAAAUUGCUGUGCUCCCUCCAGAUUGGUAGUCAAAGCUCCCACAUACUUUCCUUCAAGUUAUAGGGUGGGAUUUUUUAGGAGGAAGGGAAGUAGCCUGAUUGAUCAGCAUUGCUAUUUUGAUCAACAAAAUGACAUUCAUUUGGUUAGCUAACUAAUUUUGCAGAUCUAACUGCAGCACAAUGAUGCCAGGAUACAUUCUUAGCAAUACAUAAUACAGAUAUACAUAUUCAUAUUCUAAAUCUAGAAUGCAUUAUAGACUAUUCAAUAGUACUUUUUAAAAAUGGAACAAGUUUGUCAACCAGAAAAAUGAAAAAUGAAGCAAGCGGUCAGUUUGCUUAUGAGCAAAAUCUUGUUGUAUGCAUUUGCUCAUGUGUAAAAGUUAAAAAUGUUGCAGCCUUAUGAAGUUCCUGCACUGCAAAGUUACUAGUCAGUUCUCAUCUGCUGGCUGUGCUGGAAAUAGCAGUUUUCAAAAUUAUGCAAGCAGAGAUCUAUAGUUGCAUAAGUUCACGUGCAAACAUGCUUAUAACAUCAAGCAAUGGGGAGGAGGGAAGCUGUUUAAAUUUGCAGAUUGCUCUUUUGGUCUCCUCUUCUGUUCGUUUACCGCAAGUUGUGAAUCACUGCAAGCAAGCACUCCAAAUUAUUACUAAUCCCAUUCACAUUUUCUAUGCCUGAGAAAGCUGUGUCGGACUUUUUUUUAAAAUUGGUUUUUAUUUCAAAGGUGUAUGUAAGGCUAGCACAUAUCUUCUUUCCUAAAAAAAAUUACUGUCUCGGCUGGCAAAGCAGUACAAUGAAAAUUAACUGCCUGUAUGACAGUCCCCACCCCACCCCCCGAUACCGCUAAUGACCUAUCUUUCCCCCCACCUCUCCCUCUUCUAUGCAUUGCACUCCUUAGACCGAGGUUUAAAAAUAAACCUGCUACAUUAUACAUGUAAGAUAGUGGGCACAGUUGCAAUCAUACCAGAGAGAGCACAGUAAAGUGGCUGUAUUCUGCUCUGUGUCAUAUGAGCAGCAAAAAGGAAGUGGGGCGAGGGAAGAGAAAUGCAGCAGCAGCCCAUAAUAAGCCUUGUCCUACUACAACCCUUGCCUGGCCAGAGAGAAACAUGCUAUGAACAUUUGCCGUUUUGUUGAGUGAGGGACAGAAUUGAGAAAGAGAUAACAAGCUAUUUCUAGGUGCCCUUUCUGAUGCUGUGGUGUGGGUCAUUAACACUAUCUUAUUUCUAUCCCACCUUUUUCUCCAGGGAGCUGAAUUUGGCACAUAUGGUUCUCCCUCUCCUCAUUUAAUCCCUCCAACAACCCUGUGAUGUAGGUCAGGUGGAGAGGCAGUGGCUGGCCUAAGGUCACCUACAGAGCUUCACGGCUGAGUGGGGAUUUGAACCCUGGUCUCCCAGGUCCUAGUCUGACACACUAAGCACUACAUCGUUCUGCCUGGACACUGAGCUCCAGCGCCGAGGGCCUUCUGGCAGUUCCCUCACUGUGAGAAGCGAAGUUACAGGGAACCAGGCAGAGGGCCUUUUCGAUAGUGGUGCCCGCCCUGUGGAACGCCCUCCCAUCAGAUGUCAAAGAAAUAAACAACUACCAGACUUUUAGGAGACAUCUGAAGGCAGCCCUGUUUAGGGAAGAUUUUAAUAUCUGAAGUACUAUUGUAUAUUAAUAUUUUGUUGGAAGCUGCCCAGAGUGUCUGGGGAAAUGCAGCCAGAUGGGCAGGGUAUAAAUUUAUUAUUAUUAUUAUUAUUAUUAUUAUUAUUAUUACACUGCAGAACAAAUGGUGCUUGUUUGUUGAUUGUUGCACAUAACCAUGUUGGAGGAGUGGGUAGGUGUGAGAAGGCAAGGACAAUCCCUCUUCCACCCUCCUUUCCCCACUGUGAUCUCUUCUCUUUCUUUUUUAGAGGAUACAAAUGGGGUGUUGAGGAAGGAAGCCUUUAGGGCAUUGGGUAAAAGGAUGAGGGUGUCCAACUGAUCUGUUCCACAGAAUUGAGAUAUCACUUGGCAGAACCAUUGGUCUUACAUUUCCUUGACAGAGAGUAAAGAACACUCCUUUUCCCAUGCUGGUACAGUGGACGCUCAGGUUGCGAACAUGAUCCAUGCAGGAAGCACGUUCGCAACCCGUGGUGUCCGCAACCCGCAGCACUGCGUCUCUGCAUGCAUGGGUUGUGAUUCGGCACUUCUGCACAUGUGCAAAGCACGAUUUAGUACUUCUGUAUAUGGAACAUCUUUAUAAAGCAUUAGUUCUGUCCACGCUGUAGCCACAAGGCCUUGUGCAAUGAAUUCUGUUGUUCCAGUAUCUAAUGCAAUAAUUACACAGCAACUCCUUUUUAAAACUGUUACAGAUUUGGAUGUCAACUCUUGUUUGAACUGAAUAGCAACUGAGCAGCAAAAAAAUAAAAUAAAAUAAAAUAAAAAUUAUACGCUUUGAGUCGUAUGUGGGAGGGUGAACAAUAGGCAGCCAGCUUAAUUUAGAAAACUUGUAUAAUAUUACUUGGCACACUCCCUCUCUGGAUUUUUUUAAAACCUCACGUACAAACUAAGCUUCCAUAGAGAAGAAUGUGCAGAAUUCCUUCUGUGGAAUAAUUUUUGCGUAUUUGAAAUUGGCACCUGUUUUAAGUUAUGACAUCUCUUGUAUGUUUUAUAAAGAUUUUCUAUUGACAUGUUUUUGUUCCAGAGCAAGCAAACUUUAUCGUCACUGAUUACAAAUCCAUAAACUGUAAUCCAGAACUCUGCAUGCUCAGGGAGUUCCUACUGUUAACUUUGACAAUAAAUUAUGGCAGCAUGAAAGAUCUGCUAGCUUCUCCUGAUGGAGUUCACUGAAACAUGUGGUCCUCUACAAUGCCUGUCAUCACUGACCAUUGAGCAUGCUGGGAGUGAAGGGAGUUGAAGCCUUCCAACAUCUGGAGGGCCACAAUAUCCUCAAUAUGACUGGUCUUCUUUUUUGCUAGACUACAAAAAGGUAUCUGGAGGAAUUUCCCCUGUUUUCUCUGGUGGGUGGGGCUUGAACUCUUAUCUCCAGCUUCCAAAUCCUAUGCCCUGCAGCGCUUGUGUGCUGUGUACAUCCUUAUUGUGUGUCCUGGCCCCUCUCCUGGGCUGCUUGCAAAACAGCCUUUCCCCUAGGUGGGCCUUGAGUCCCAUUCCAGGUGUGCUAUGUGUGUGCUAUGUGUGUGCAGGUGUCCUGCCCAGAGAACCUCGUGGGUACUGUGGUUUGUCUUCUUGUUCCUCAGCUCGCUUUUGAAAAAAUCACUUACCUGUGCUUGUGAAGAAUAUAAGGGGAUUCAAAGUGCUCCCUGUCGCAAUGCCUGGAGCCUAGCUGUACUGGGGUUGUUGCUAGAACACUGGGAGUCCUUUUCUUUUUCUCCUUUAGUCCUCCCAGAAUGAUUGCCAGGUGUCAGUCAUCUCUUAUUUCAGAGCACUUAAGUUCCUUAAGACACUUCAGAAGAGAUGCAACAAAUCCAGUGUCUCUUACUCUGAAAAUUUCCUGCAACCCUGCACUUGACAAACACAAAGUAAUCCUUUGUGGCAUUUCUUGACUAUCACCUGCUUUUUGUAAUGCCUAAUACCACUUUCUCUCUGCCCAAGCUAUCUCUCUCUCAAGAUCAGUUACAUUUCUUGAAUCCAGUCAUCCAGGCAAGACCUAUCCAACCAGGAGUAUCCAACAUGGUGCCCUCCAUAAGGUGUUAGACUCCAACUCCCAUCAGCUUCAACCAACAUAGCCAGUGAUUAGGGAUGAUUGGAGUUGUAGUCCAACAAAAUCUGGAGGGUGCCACAUAUUUUUUAUUAGGCAAUAUCCUUUGGCUAUUUUUCUUCCUUAUGAUGAGUGGUGAAGAAAGAGCUUGUAGACCAUAGGAGCUCCUGAUAUGAAGGGGCAGUUGUACUUUGCAUUGCAUAUCCACAUGCUCAGGGAAAGGGUGGCCCUGAGUCCCACCAGCAUAAAGCAGGGAGGUGGUUUUGGUCAAUUUCUCUUCCUCUUGUAACCUCCUGUUUUAGUCCUCUUUAAAUCUGUUUUAGAGCACUGGGAAUGCUCUAGAACAGUACGGGAGGCAGCAUAGCAGGGGCUGAGCAAAGACCUAGAAAAAACAAAUUCCCUUUCUUUGUGUGAGUCUCUGUUGCAGCCAUGGCUAAUCCUUAAUCGGGGCAAGGGCCACUUUGACACACGGCCAACUCUCUGUGGGGCAAAUUUCAAAGGAGACCUGGCAAGAACUCCUCUUCUCAGGAUUGCCUUCCAAAAGUCAGUCACUUAAGAAGAUAUUAAUAUUUCUUAAAUUUGGGUUGUUUUGUUGUUGUUUAAAAAAUCAAGGACCCUUGCCUUCACAGAAGGACUUUUGGGUCUUGUGAAUGAAGCCUCAUCUCUUCAUCUCUGUGGUCCUUCUGCAUUGGAGACUUUCAUACAGUCACUUUCCUUUCCUUAUUAUUUUCUAUAUUUGAAAUAGCUGAUUGACAAUGACUUUUGCAGAUUCUACAUUUUUGAAACACGACUUUGUCAACUGUUACUUGGCUUAUCUCCUUCCUCACCAGACACAUUUCAAAAGCUCCUUUUCCAGAAAUGUCAUCCCAUGUUUAGCACAGGGAAUGUGAAAAUUAUCAAGACGUCUCAGAGAUGGUGACUUGUCUAUCACCUUAUUUUGUCUGUAACAUUUUAACACAUUCUUGCACAUAAAUUGUGACUAUUGGGCUGUUCCCGAGGCCCAAUUUAAUCAGAACCACAUUGGAUAAGAUGUGUCACCUACAGUUUCUGUAGUUCACAAAAUUAUUCUAUAAUCUGACAUCUGAAGGCAGCCCUGUUUAGGGAAGCUUUUAAUGUUUGAUGGACAAGUGUAUUUUAGUGGAGGCUGCCCAGAGUGGCUGGGGGGACCCGGCCAGAUGGACAGGGUAUUAUUAUUAAUAAUAAUAAUAAUAAUAAUAGGGUGGUGUGGUGGCAGUAUAUGGAGAUUUCAGUUCCUACUACAGGAUCAAAAUCUGGGGGUAGGGGUGCAGUGGGAAGCCUCAAUUGAAAUAUGUAAAUAUUAGUCUCUGUCCUUGGACUAUCAUUUACACAAGUCUGCACCUAACAAUUGUUGGUUUGUGCAGGUUUUUUUAUAAAACCAAGUCCUGCUAUUUAGUAUUAUAUGUGCUAGAUCCAAUGUGCCUAUGAGAUCAGCCCAAAGCACCAUAUUGGCUUCAGCGUCAAACCAGUUGCAGAGCUGGGUUCAAUGAUUACUAUGUAGUUACAUAGUCAUCCUGAGGGAAGGCGAACCUAUGGUUUGGGGGUUUCAACUCCUAAUCAGUCCCAGCCAGCAUCCCCUUAUAGUCUGGGAUGAUGGGUGAUACAGUCCCAACAACAUCUGGUCAACCAUAAGCUCCCCACCACUGCUUCAAAGGGUAAUUGUGGACAGUGACAUGCAGUGAACUUUUUCAUAAGGGAACAGUUAGGACCAGAGGAGCCAGCUUGCGAGGGUGAUACAUGAGAGGAUUGUGCCUUCCUCCUUAAGCUGGACAGAAGCUUCCUGGGCUUUGGGGAGGAGCUGCCAGGGCUCUGACAGGAUGCUGGAACCCUUCUACCUCCUUCCCAAAGCUGGGCGGGCUUUGGGAAGGUGGAAGGUGGGCUCUUGGACCUGUACCUCCUUCACUAAGCAGCGCAGAAGCUUCCCAGGCUUUGGAAAGGGGCGCCAGGGGAACAUUUAGGAGACUAGCCUAGGCCCCCUAGUCCACUGACCACAUGCCACUGAUUGUAGGUGACAAUUCAGGGGUUAUUAUGGCAAGUGUUCCCCCUCAUCUGCGGAUAGGCUUCUGAAGCCCUGCCCUCUUCCUAUACCCAAAGACAGACUCUCUAUUGGGAGAGCAGCAGAUUCUUAGCAGUUGAAUGUUUUGGAUGAUUACCAAGCAGCCCCAGCAUUGGCACCCAUGAGGCAAAGGCAACAGCCUGUUGCUCUGAAGAAGAGCAUUGAGUGUGACAACUGCAGCCCUUGUCCCAGUCAUUCUACCAUGGCUUUCCAGGUAUUGCUGGAUUCUAGCUCCCAUUUCCCCUAAUCAUUAGCUGCACUGGUCAGGACUGAUGGGGAGCCCACAGUCCAAGAGCACCUGGCAGGAUACAGGUUCCCCAUCCCUGAUUUUCUAAAAAACAAACUCACUCCUCCCCAUGGCUUUGGAACCAUCUUUUGAGAGGACAGCUGGGCUUGUUGGAAUCAGCGAAAGGAACGAAGAGUGAACACAAUAUUUCAUGUCUUACUGAUUGUCAUGGGACGCUUUUGGGGAUUAUUUCAUAGCCAGGGCAAAGUUUGUGUGAAUGCUUCCAUUGUCCAUGCACAUUCCAAACAUGAUUUACAAAUGGAGAAGCAACACGCUUGCAGCAUUAGAAGUAAUCUAUAUCUGAAAGGGCUCUUGGAGACUAGAGGACCGAUAGAACAAGGUAAUAAAACUGUCAUCCUAGAAGAGAGGUAAACUUGAUAACUCUGUUAACUGUAUUGUAAGACUGCACGUGUGCAAAUCAUGUGAUCGGAUAAUAGGUGAAAGAUGUAGCCUUGGAAUCAUUUUUUUAAAUUGAUAUCUUCUUUUUUCCCUUUAAUGAAUUUGGAAAAAGAAGCAAUGAAAAAUUAGACUUAGAAACAAAAAAAUUGCAGGCAUGAAGCCAUAAUGUAUUUUAUUACUUAGUUAUUUUAUCGAAUUAAAAUAAAUUUACUUAAAAGCAUUUGUUUACUUCUUAAUGGUACAGUCUAAAAAACAAAAACUCAGCCUAAAGCAAUAGUGCAGCAAUAUAAAAAUGCAUAAAAGUGAAUAAUAAUAAUAAUAAACAGAGUCUAUUCUUACAGGUCAGGGAAUGCCUGGGCAAAGUGUCCGUAGUGGCAUGUGUUGAAGAACAAAUUGUACCAAGGAUCUCAGUGAUCUUAUUCAUAAGGAAUGUAGACAGAGUUAAAAGUGGGCAAGAGAAAUUCAUAGCGGAAUGGGCUGCCAGUGGCAACUAGUCAUGAUAGCUACUACUUCUAGAACCAAAAGCAUCAUGCCUCUGAAUACCACUUACUGAGGAUCAGGAUGAGGAGAGUGCUAUGGUGCUCAAGCCCUGCUUGUGGACCUUGUCUGAUCCAGGAAGGCUCUUCUUUUGCUCCUAUGAAACCUUGCCUAUAAGCCAAUGAAUUCGUAUGUGGGAAUCCAUUGGGGAGAAGCAGGUUCUUGGUAAACACAUGUCCUGACUGCUAAGCAUAGCUGGAAUCAGCAUUUGACAUUGUGGGGCAAAUGCCAGGGCACAAUGUCCACAGAGGCCCCCAUGCUACUGCUGUUGUAAAUGAACAAUUUUAAAACAGUUUUAGCAUACUUUUAAGACCCUGCUGCUCUGAAAUGAAGCACCAGAUGAAGCGUCUGCUGCCACUGCCACCUUAAUUUUCCCAUAAUAACUCUGGACCCCAGUGUAUGAUCCAGAGUUAUUAUGGGUAAAUCAAGAUGGUGACUACACCUGCCACUCCCAUUUUCAGCAUUAGCCGUUCAUCUGCUACCCUUAGGAAGGCACUGGGGCACUAGUGCAGUGCUGGAUGCUCCCAGAGGCUGGUGCAUGAGAGAGGCCUCUUAAGUUAACCGUAGGUCCUGCUACUUAAGGCCAGUCAAGAUUUGUGCAGCCACAAUCUUUUGCUUCAUCCAUUUUCAGCAGCUGUUAAAGCCAAUAUUUGACAGUGAUCUUUUCUGAUGUUAUCUUUUUGAGAGUUUUAAUAUUUUAUAGACAUCUAACCUGGAAUAUCAUUACCCAUGCCGAAGUCAUUGUGCUGUGCUAAAAAUGAAAGAAUGAAAACAACGGCCUCAGUACUUCCAUAGGCUGCAAAUGAUUUUCCUGUAUAUGAAGUGAAGGUUAUUGGAGGGUGUGCUUUGCAUUGCUUUGUUUUUUUUAAUUGUUCCUUUGGAAUCUUAUUGCAACAUUUCAAUAUGAAUCAAACUUUAAAUACCCCUGACAAUCUAAAUACAUUGUUUGUUCCCUUAAUGUUCCUUUUCCUGGUCUUGUUCUUUAAAACAAAGGCAUUCCAGCCCUCAUACAAAACUUACAAACAAUAAUCACUGACUCUGGCUAUUUCUAGAAUCUUGCCCAUUCUUAGCAAAAUGUUUCAAGUCAGGAGUAAACCCAAUUUGUAUCUUACCACUUUAUUUUUAUUAGCGUCAAGAGUAAAAGUCUCCUUGCCCUCCGUGGCACCACCCAGUGACAAUAAGCAAUUUACACUUCGGUGCAUUUCCUUACAUGAGGGUACUAAAUGUGACUGUCAAACUGUGAAGUUUCACAGUUUUAACUACUGUGUAGUUAACAAGAUUUGGCACAUGGGAAGUUUCUUUUUCUCUCUUAGUUUCUUGUCCUUAUGGUUUUCUUUCCCAGGCAAAGAAUACCUUGUAAAACAAUGCAGAAAAAUAUCUUGCUUCUUAGAAAUCCACUGAAAACACUUGACCACUCAAGGAAGAGGUGAAAUCUUACCCCCCAAAAGUGCCUUAUGUUAUUACAGCAUAUAGCAAAAGUGGCUGUUGCGUUGAUGUAUUCAGCCCAUCUCAGUAGGGUUGCGCCAGCCUUUUAUACUGCCACACACUUCCUCUUUACUGCUUUUCAUGGGAGCCAAGGAAACUGCAUGCUUUUGCAAAGCAACUUUUUAAAGGAGACAUAUACAGUUGAGUCGUGGGAACGGUGGUGCUGCAGCCUAGUAAUGAGUCACCUUGUAAUAUGGGAAGGUAUUUCCAAAAUUCACUUUAUUUAUAGUUAUGUGGAGUGGUGAUAUCUUCAAGCUGGCUUAGGAAAAACUGGUAGUUAUUCCAUUAUGGAAGGAAAAAUAUCAAAGAUUCUAUAUACUGCUCUUUAACCUACUAUAUAAGUGCCUGCCCCUAACCUUUUACUGCAGAAGUACAAAAAUAAAUAAUUUGGAGGGUGGGACCUAAGAUGAAGCCCAGUGGGGACUGAACAUGCUCAGUGGGCCUGAAACGAUGAAUGGCUUUUUGUGGGCAUUGGAAUGGAGUGUUAUUGAAGAGGCCACAACUGGCUGGCAUGAACUCAGUAAAGGAUCAUUCCGUGGUGCAUUACAGAAAUAUGUAGGAAAUCUUAAAUUCUGUAUCCCCAAGCAAGCAACUCUGGGUUAGUGCCAAUAUCCGAGAGAAUCCUGCUGUGGCAUGCCAUGACGACUAAUUUCAUUUUUGUUACAUUUUUAAAAUAAUUUGCUCAAUUUUCCUUGUUUAGACUGUUUCCAUUUGUUGGUCUAAUACAUAUUUGGGAUUUGUGCCCGCAGUAAAUUAAAGUCCCUUAUUCAUAGUGAUGCUUGACACUAAUAAUGCAUGAAGCUGCAUUAGACAUGUCUGCCAUCUCCAUACAAGGGCACUCUGGGAGGUGUGAUUCCCUCCCACAUGCCAGGAAAUUCCAUAUCUCGAGGGCACCCUUUUUCUUAAUGAAAAAUAUCAAAUAUCUGUGCUGUUGUUCAGAGCCUUUGAGGUAUGUUCGGUGAAAUCGUUGCAUUUGAGAACUGUUUUCUGCAGCUGUGAGGAAUACAGAUUUGCUGGUGCGAUCCCAUACAUGUCUACUUGGAGCUAAGCUCCAUUAAAUUCAGUGGGGCUUACUGGCCGAUAAGUAGGUACAGGUUUGCAAUUGCUUAAAUGAACAGUGGUCAGAAUUUGUGUGCAGAGACGGAUUUAGGGGAAUGCAGCCUGUUCAGUCACACUGAGCACAGAGCCUUGGGGGUUCCACUAUGAUUUAGAAUGGAGUGUGAGAGGUGGAGGCCCCCCCGAAUUUGGGCAUUGCUCAGGGCACUUCUGAAAUUUGAGGUGUGCCACUGUUGUGUGCUACACAAAAGACUUUCAGGAGAUCUGCCAAGUCUGGUCCCAAGAUUGGCAAGUACCUUAGACUCCUGUGCCUACAAUGGCUAUACAGUGGCUUAAGAACAGCUUAGUUUAUGAACAGCUUGGAUUAAGAAUGCUGCAGUAGGUGUUUUGGUUUGUGAACUUUGCCUUGGAAGCAGAGCUUGUUUUGCUUCCUGUUGAGUGUGUUCCAUUUGUAAAUUGAGUCCCCCACUGCUAUGGGAAAGCAUGCCUUGGUUUAAGAACAGACUUCUGGAACAGAUUAAACCAAGGUACCACUGUAUAUUGUUGUUGGGAUUGAGUCUCUUUUCAUUUUGUAGUUGACCACGGAUCUGCAACUGCAAAAUACAUGCACCUUUUGUCAUGUCUGAAGGAUGCACAUUCUGUCUCCCUACAUCCUCAGAAUCUAUGCUCAGUAAAGAAUGGGGCUCCUGCUUUUGUGGGUUUUAAAGGGACCAAGUGAAUGUAAGCAAAACCCUGCUGGAUCAGACCGAUGGUCCAUGUUUGCAUUUCACAGUGGCUAACCCGCUGGAAUAGAUGUGCAUCAGAGUAGAUCAGGCUUCCUUGUAUUUUGUACAAAAGGUACAGUGAACAUUGACCUUGAAGAGAGAAUAAUAGAAUUAUUAAUGACGUUGGGCAAUUGAGGCUAGCAUGGAUUAGCAAAGUGAAAGUGAAAAACAAUAGCAAAACCUGGCAGGUUAGACAUUGCCAAGGCCAAAGUCUAACUAAGGUGUUGGCAAAAGAAAUGCAUGAAGAACUGGGAUUUAUUGUGCUAGUUUUAUCUAUUAUAAUGCCAGUGCAGUAAGCCCGUGUCUUACACGGGGGUUAAAUUCCAGGGAUCACAGUUAAAGCCAAAAUCACAUAUAGUCAAAACAUACUGGGUUCAGUGGUGGGUGGGAUUGCCAAAGUCUUUUUGGCCCACUAAGUCCACCCCCUUAGCUGACCUAAGUUUAACCCAGUGACCUGAGUGAGGAUUUGAGCUUGUGUCUCCCAGUCCUAGUAUGACACUCAAACCACUACACCACACUGGUUGUGCGUUCCUGAUGGUAGGUUACAAUGUAGGAAGAGAGAAUAGACAAUAGAGGAAACUAUAGAUUGCUGAAAAAGUUGCAAGAGAUGCAGAGUCCUGCAAGGGGCAAAGCUCAGUAGGUUUGUAGAUCUCAUUUAGAUGGAGUUGGCCUUAAGUAUGUAGCUGACUUUAAAUCUCCCUGAUAAAAUAUUGUAUUGCUUGAGGGGAAAAAGCAAUGGUUAUUGCUUCUAUGCAGAGAUGUUCCUUCCACCGUGCUUCUAAAUCCUUUUCUUUUUUGUUCUCAUGUGAACACUGCCAGGGAAACAUGAGGCCGUAGUGCGAUAGAGAAAAUAGUAAGCCCAUUUCUGCCACACUCUGCUGUCACCAGGGGUUGAGCUCUAGACAUUCUUCUGGUAUUGUGUCGUGGGCUCAGUUAUUCUGCGAUUGUUGGCUUGGACUGUGGUGAUCCCAUUAUUAUACCCACAUCUUUGGAACCAUUUCAAGAGAAGGAACUGAGCCCCAUUUGGGGGGGGAGGAGGAACAGUGAAUACACUAUUUCAUGUCUUACUGAUUGUCAUGGGGUGCAUGUGGGGAUUAUUUCGUAGCGGGGGCAAAGUUUGUGUGAAUGCUUCCAUUGUCCGUGCACAUUCCAAACAUGAUUUACAAAUGGAGAAGCGGCACACUUAUGGCAUCAGAAGUAAUCUAUAUCUGAAAGGGCUCUUGGAGAGUAGAGGGCAGCCAGAACAAGGUAAUAAAAACUGUCAUCCUAGAAAAUGGGAUGUAGCUUUGACAACCCUAUUAACUGUAUUAUAAGACACAGUGUGUUAAAUCCAAAUCACAUGAUUUGAUCAUGGAAGACCCCCAUGAUAUAUUGAAGUUGUUCCUAGCAGCAUGAUAUAAGAUUCAAAAUACUGGAAUACAUUUUCAUAAAUGACUGAGCACAAAAGUAAUCUUAUUUGUAAGGAAGGUGAGUGAGCGACCAUUACGUGGAUGACUUUCUCAGAGGUGUAAUAUAUUAUUGACCUUCAUGUGAUAGAUUGCUAGCUUGUACAAGUAUGGAUAACACUUUGAUGGUGAUUAUAGCCCUCUGCCUUGCUGAUGAAUGUGGGAGCAAGGAGCCAGACCGCAUCAAAUAGCCCCAUUCCGGAUGCAGCACUCUCCAUUUCUAGAGGGGAACCACAUAUUGUGGAAACUUGUGUGUGCAUCCAUGAAGGCCUGUCCUUGCAGAAGCUAUUUGCAGAUGUCAGGGGAGAGAAACGAGAUGGGAGCAUGUCUUAAUUGAGAUUCCUGCAGUGCACGGGGUUGGACUAGAUGACUCUGGGGUCCCUUCCAACUCUACAAUUCUAUUAUUCUUUGCAAUGUUGGAGCUGCUUGGGACAUCCAUCAAUGUGGGAGCUAUCAUGCUUACAUAAUGCUAUACUUUGUCACAUAAUUCACUUCAGCUGUGUUCUAUCCUAAGGGUCUCUCACCAAACUUUUAAACUGAGUAACAGUGACUAAGUACUGUUAAGCUGGUUUGGUAAAAGAUUAGAUCUACACCUCUCCCCAGAAGCACUUUUUGCAUACUCAGUCCUCCAAGGCCUGCACAAUUUUCUAAAUCCCCUUUUAAUGACAUCUAAUCCAAUUACAUAUGAAAAGUCACCCCAGAAUGGCUUUUAUGAAGCCUGUGAGCUAUUGUUAGAAUCUGGAGAAUCCCAGCAUUCAUUUAUUUGUGGUGUUUUUUAUAUGUCUCUAUAAAAUCUUCCCUCUCUCCCUUCUUUCAGAAAUUAUUUUAAAAUAUGACAACAUGACUUUUGAUAUAAAGUAUUGUUGGGAAAGCUGUGCACAUCUAAAAUCUGGGUGUUCCGAGUCAUAGAGAAGGAGGCAAACAUUUUUAUUUUUUUUGUCUUGCAUUUUACCUUUACUCUUUGUAAAGUCCUUCACAACUAUGAAAACACCUCUAUUCACUAACCCCUACAAAUGGCAAUAUAAACAAACCUGGGAAAAUGCAGCAGCUUUCCAAAACACAUACGAUUGUGAAUACGAGGGUGAACGUUAGGCCAGCACAAACUGUAAGGCUGUCCUGUUGGUGUGAGGCCCACCCCAUAUUUAAACAUGAAAUACUUCUAUGUACCUUUACUAGUGGCUCUUUGCGUGUCAGCCUUCCAAAUAUUUACCUCUAAGCCACCAUCUGUUAGCAGCUGCUUGUUCUGGUCAGCACCUUUGUAGGCCCCAGCAACAUAAGCCUAAUCAUAUUUAUUCAGAAGAAAGACACACUGACUUCAGAGGAGCUUAAUCUCUGGCAAGUGUGUUUAGGAUCACACCUUCAUUUUCAUUGCUACUUAUGCAGGUAAGGAGAUGGUGUUUUGUAUAAUCUUACUUUAGUGUUCAUGUGGUCUACCAAAAGUAUCACAGAUUGCGUCAAUAAUUGUGUUCAGAAUUAUCACAGAAACACUUGGAAAUAAUUCAUUUCAUUUGCUGGGCAGCCCUGCCAUGCUGCAAGCCCACUGAUGGCAAGUCAUUAUGAUCAAAGUGAUUUCCCUGGGCAAUGUUUUGCACACACUUCCCCUUCCCAAUCCUGUAACCCAUAGAUCCAUGCCUCCUGCUCCUCUUCCAAUGCUAGUGAUGUGCAUGUUCAUUUUGCUGUUCCCAAAUGGCCGAGGAGAUGGUUCCUCACCAGCUCUGGGAAGACAAGGUUGCUUGUGUUCUCUUAAGGGCAAUGCAGGAGAGCCCAUUCUUUUAUGUCAGGGGUGAGGAACCUUAAGUCCAGGGUCUGAAUGUGACCCUUCAAAUCUCUCUGUCUGGCCCUUGGGACUCUUCCCAGACCACAACUCCCUGCACUGUACCCUCCUUGAGUGCUUUUGCCUUGCUGGAACAUGUCCUUGGACUCUGAUAAGGCCUCUUCCCUGGAUGAAAGCUAGAGAGGGGAAUGUAAAUGUGUAUACAAACUAGUCUAUAAUUUUUACAUUCAUUGCUAUGCUGAUUUUUGUCUCUGGCCCAUGCCUACCACCGCUGCUCUACCUUUGUCCAAAAACUCUUCCUGCAACAGGUAGAUGGGGAAGCCAUAAGGAUCACAGUGACUGGGGUUGUUCUGGCACUCUGUGGAGAGCUGACAGAGAGAAAGGAAGAAUAAUGAGUAAUGCUGUGUUUCUGCUGGUUAUUGGGUCCUGGAAGCACAAUCGAUGAGCAACUGAUGCCAUGACUGUGGUGCUAUCUCUUCCUGUCUCUGUGCCUCAUCCUGUUGGGGGGAGGGUGUGUGAUCGCUAAGGGAAGUUCUGUUGGAACUCUGGAUGGAGAGGGAAUAUUUGGCCAGCAAUGGCAAUAACGAGAGUGGAGUGCUUGCUGAUUAUCAAUAGGCUUGUAAGAAGCAGUGAUUCCUGUUCUGAUCUCACAAUCAGAAGUGUUUCUGUUCUGCUGCAGUAUGGUUUCUGCCAGAUACUGCAUUAUUUUUCUUGCCUCAGCUAAGCUAUGUAACUAUGUAACUUAUGUAGCUUGCAUCCAUUUCAAUGUAAAGGAAAUGUCAGAACAGUUUUUAAAACUAGGUACAGUCAGCCUGCAAAUUACCCUUGGGUUAUGAUCCAGGGAUCAUGCCUAAAGCUGAAAUUGCAUAUAGUCAAAACCCACUGACUUCAACGAUGGGUAGGAUUGUUAAAGACAUUUCCCCCCAGAAACCCACCCACUGUCCACCUUUUGUUUUUAAGCCACAUGUGUAAGGUUGAAUGUCCACAAAUUAAAUGUGCACAAAUUUCAGGCUUACGGUAAUCAUAUUUUAUUUGCAGACUUAAAAAAACUGAUGUGAACAUUAUAUUUGCUUGACUGAUUUGCAUUCCUGACCAGAGACGAACUCAUAAAACUGUGACAAUUUCCUUCUCUGUUUUUUCUGAAAUUCUCUGACAUCCCUACUUCUCAAUGGCAUAAUUGCGCUGCCUCUGACUUCCACUGGUAUGCUUGGUUUGCUGUCUUAACAGUGAGUGGGGGAUCUUUGGCUGCUUUUUCUACCCUUUGCAUAUUUUCCCUUGGGUCUCCUAUGUAGUUCUCCUAGCUGCUGAAGAAGAAAGAAAUGGUUGGCCAGCAUAGUUUCGCUCGUACACACUUGAAAAUUGCUGGGAGUAGCAAUGGGAGGCCGAUGACUGACUGCUUUGGAUGGGGUCAUGCACCCCCUGAAGGAAGGCUUGUGGUCCAAGGAUGCUCUAUCCUUGUUGUUAGAAGCCAGGUGACCCACUUCAACUGGAGACACAGCUAUGGCCAUUUCUGGACUGGGAGAACCUGACCAUUUUAGUCCACUUGCUGGUAACCUUCAGGCUGGAUUUCUGCAAUGUGCUCUAGGUGGGGAUGCCCUUGAGAUUGGUCCAGAAGCUGCAGCUUUUGCAAAAUGUAGUGUGUUGACAGGAGUUCUAUAUUGCUGUGGUGAUUUGAUACAGUUAAACUGAACACUGUGCUGUGGUGGCAGAAUGGGAGAGGGUGCUGUGAUAGUAUGUUUUUGUUUGUUGCCAGUAAUAUAUUUGUUGCCAAUAGUAUGUUUUCACUUGUUGCCUUUGAGCUGAAUGGAGCAGUUCUAACUUGCCCUGCUACUUACUUCAAUGUAACAUUACUUCAGCAUAGAAGCAGAGAGCAGUGUCUGCAGGAGUAUUGGAUUAGAAUAUGCCUCCUUGGUCCAAUGUUUCACAGUUCUGCCAACACAUUUCCGAUGCGCCAUCAGAAUAAGACACUCUGAGAUGGUUUAUGAGGGCUGUCUACUCUGGGUCUUAAACUGGAAUCCAAGGCACUCCAGGUUCUGGUAGGGGAGAACAGGAGGUUGUUCAGUCUGUUAUAAUUUGCAACUAGCUCUUACAAGGGUUUUAUACAAAGUCUUCUGCUAAGAGGCUGAAGGGUGGAAGAGAAAAGUAGUCCAACCAUUGCAGUUCAGAAGAUGCAUGUCAGUUUUAUCAAUGUAUAUUCUAUAAUAUAUACCAAUAUGAUGUUUAGAUACACACCUAAUUAAAUAAUAACAGAUGGAAACCAUUUUAAAAAGUACGGUAACUAAUGGAGAAAUUUAGAGAUUCUUUUAAAAAAACAACAACACAAGACUGACAUGUGUCUUUAAUGAAAUAACAUUAUAAGUGGCUUUUCAUGUUAAAGGAUUUGUCCCCUUCCCAUCCCUUCUCUUUCUAUUUUAAGCUUAGCAUUUUAUAGCUGAUUACAUUGCAUUUCUAGCAAGAAAAAUAAAGGGGGAGGGUUGCUUCCCAAAGCAGCAAUUAAGCAUUUCCUUUUCUGGUAGUGCAUACGCACAGUACACACUUCAGAUGUGACCAUUUUUUAUGGAUUUACUCUUCUAUAGUAAAACCUUUUAUGAAGUCAAAGAAGCUGGGAGACCUUUACAGCUUAAAAUCUGAAUAAAUGUGACCUACAUAGGGUAAUACAUAAUUAAUUGUAAUUUUUUGCUACAUAUAGAAUUAUAGAAUCAUAGAUUAGUAGUGUUGGAAGGGAUCUCAUUGGUCAUUUCAUCCAACUUCCUGCAAUGCAGGAAUCUGAACAUGUGACCCCCUAUCCAAUUUGCAGAAGUAAUACAACUUACACUGCAAUAACCAAAACACGAUUGAUUCAAGUUUUACUUUUAAAAAAUGGCUACAUCAAAGCAGAAAUUUAGAAAAAUAGGUAUUACGGAUCUGCAAAUUAUUAGCACUCAGCUUUAAAUUGCUGUAAGCAUUUAGGUAAGUCAUUACCAGCACUAACCAUCUGAGAUAAAGGGCUUAUCAUCCGCCUCAUGUAUCUACUUACAUUAAGACUUGCUAGUAAGAUUCGAAGAUUAGUCUCAGUUACUAAUUUAUCCACUUCCGUGGAAUUUAGCUUUUGGGCUUGCAAGAUGACAUGGCUUGGAUCAAUAAAUACCCAUUUACUAUAUAGGGAAACACCCUGCAAGUUUCACUUUAGCUCUGUGCAUUUGGCUCUACACCGAUGUAAAAGAAAGUGUCUGAAUGGAUGUAAUUCAAAUCUUUAGAAGGCUGUAGGUGCAGUGAAACUCUUUUAUUCACAUAUGAUUUUACGUACAGUACUUACAAGUGAGCCCUGCAACUGGAUGAUAGUUUGGAGUGCUUCUGUUGAGGUCUUAAGCCAUUACAUUCCUUCACUCUUCUCUCCUUUUUCUUCCCUCCUUCGACACUUAAGCUAAGAAACAAAACAAACAAUUGUUCGGCAUUCUGUGCCCGCUGACCAUGCACUGGACUGUUUUGGUUUUUUCCUCCUUUUUGGGGGGUGGGGAUGGAUGCACUCAUGCCUAAUUCUAGCUGCAGUAAAUUUGUUAGUUUCUCCGUUAAUGUCUGUGAGCAAAUAGCUUCAGUGUGAAUUACCAAUUAGAUGCAUCCAGGUGGAGGUAUCUGUUGCCCUUCAGAUUCAUCCCAACCAGCAUGGGCAAUGGUCAAAGAUAAUAGGAGUUGUUAUCCAGAAAGAUCUGGAUAGCCACAGGUUUCCUACUCUGAUAGAUACCUAUAUUAGAUGUUUUCUCUUCCAGCCACUUAAUGCUAUUCCCCCCGUCCCCUCCCCACCAGUUGUCCUGUUUACGCUGCAUCCAGUGUGCUCCCACUGCUGAUUUGGGAAGAGGUAUGCACACAGUAUUAGCCACAACCCAUAUCUAUCCUGUGGUUUCUUAUGAAAUGCUGCAUUUUGAUUCAUUUCCCUCUAAACAAUCUUCCAUCCAAAUUGAGAAAAAAGAAAAACCUACCUGCAUUUUAAGCUGGUAAAAAAAAAAAGGUCAAGGUAAACGACCCCUGGAUGGUUAAGUCCAGUCAAAGAUGACUAUGGGGUUGUGGUGCUCAACUCGCUUUCAGGCCAAGGGAGCUGGUGUGUGUCCACAGGAUUUCCAUGUCAUGUGGCCAGCAUGACAAAACCACUUCUGGUGCAACGGAACACUGCGAUGGAAGCCAGAGCACACGGAAAUGCCGUUUACCUUCCCACCGCAGCAGUACCUAUUUAUCUACUUGCACUGGUGUGCUUUCAAACUGCUAGGUUGGCAGGAGCUGGGAGAGAGCAACGGGAGCUCACCCCAUCGUGGGGAUUUGAACCGCUGACCUUCUGAUUGGCAAGCCCAAGAGGCUCAGUGGUUUAGACCACAGUGCCACCUACGUCCCUAUUUAAGCUGGCAAGGUGUACACAGUCACAGUGUCUUAAUAUUCUGGGCCACUGAACUAUCAUGUGGAUGUUCCCACAUGGGUUCCUCCCCACUGCCUCCACCUCCCUGCAAAUUGUUUGUACUUUUGUCAGUGCCUCUCUCUUGUGCAGAGUUGUGCUUUAUGAGGUUUUUCUCUCUGUAUUCUUUUGUUGUUUGAGACUGUCCACACUAACUGUCCACAGCAGUUCUUCAAGGAUUCAGAGAUGAAAAACCUUGAGAUGCCAGGAUUUGAACCUGGGGCUUUUGCAUGCAAAGCAGAUGCUCUACCACUGAGCUAUGGCCCUUCCUUUCCCUCCAAACCCUAAGGCUUGACUCCCUCCCCCCAUAUUUUUUGUGGCCUCUUUGCCACCAAAUUUGUGAGGAGAAAAAUGGGAAUUAUUCAUUUGUGUAAAGUAAUUGUCACCUGUAUACACUUGUCAAUAUUUCAAUAGGUUAGAGAGCUGUGUACUUUGACUCUGCCAAGCGUUCAGAACAAUUCUCAAAACUUCAAAGAUUAAUCUGUCUCAAACCUGCUAAAUUUCUCUUUGCAAAGUGCCACAAUGACAGGAAUACAUGCAUGCACAAUGAAUACACUUAUUUAUAGUAUUGUUCUAGAAGAUGCUGAAUGAAUUACGCAGAUAUGGCCUGAAUUUCAGUAUGGCUUUCAGUUGCUGUAUCUUGCCUGGCCUGGUUCAUACAUAAAGCUUCAUGCUUUGUUUCUCUUUGGGCAAACUGUGAUUGGAAGUCAAGGCCAACCUCUCAAGCUUUCUUUGAAGGAAACAAACAAUGAAUUCGGGUUUGCAUAUAAAACUAAGGCAGCCUCUGUUUCCCCCUACAUGGAAACAGCAGGAGAGGGGCCAAGCAAGUACGGUAUUGCCUGUGUGCACCUGGAUGCUUCUUGUUGAUAGUUUAUUUUUAACUAUGGUUUGUUCCAAGCAAAUCAAGCAGUAGUAGCUAUUUUAAUAUUUUGAAGUGGUCUUGGAACAGGCACUGUGAACACAGCUUCCUUGGGGUGUAGGCUGGCCGAGAAUAUUCAUUGGUAUUUCUCAUGCCCUUUCUAACUCCUGGGAGGAGACUAGCACUAUGAGCGGCUUCUUUUCCAGGGCAAGCUAGCAAUCCAGGACCCAUCUAGUCCAUUAUCCUGUUCUCCCAGUGCCUGCUCAACCAAAUGUCUGCAGGAAACCCGUAAUCAGGACCUGAGCACAAGAGCACUCCUCUCUUGUGGCUUUCAUUACUGCCUCCAACUGCUGAGGCAGAGCUUAGCCAUUACGACUGGCAGCCAUUAAUAGCUGUCUUUUCCAUGGAUUUGUGAAAAAGCUUGUCAAAAAAUGUUUAAAAGCUUGCUAGUCUAUGAAAGAUUGUUGAAGGGGAGUCCACAUACACAUAGGGCAACCCAAGUUGAUUUAGAUUGCAGCAGACUUGGAUAGUCAAAGGAAUAGGGGCCCAUUAUUCCAUUUCGUUCCAUGUUAGGCUGGGUGGCCUUGAGAGACUGACUUGUGGGUUGAGCAUGACUGGUGAGCCGAGUUGCUUAUUAUCUAGGAAAGUGCUCUUAACACCUUUCAGAGCCAGGCGUUGAGGCUGGAAAUGUGUUAAUUAAAAAGGAGAUUGCUGGGCUUGAGUGGGCAUAUCAAAGGGAUUGUCCCAGCGUGGGCCUCACCACCUCAAGCCUACCCAGGACUUAAUCACUUUCCCGCCCUGCCCCAUGGCUUUGCCUGCAUCCCUUCUGGUUGGAUGGAUACCAGCACCAGCCACUCCCCACAUCCUGAUAAAAAUGUGCAGGUAACAGAAAGGGUCGGGUGGGGGGGGAGCGAUGGGAAACCUUUCUUCUUUGAGGGAAAAUGCCAGAAGAGCAGUCGAAGGAAGGAGAGAGAAAAUGUGAUUUAAAAGGAAUAAAAGGAAUAAGAGAAGAAAAAUGUAAAAGGAGCAGAGUGGGGGAAUUAAAGAACCUAGCAGUUUGAGGCAAGGGAUAGCAGAAAGGUUUGUUAAGCGUGAAAGUAAAAAGGGAGACAAAAUUACAAGAGAGAAGUAUUAAUUGUGAAAGAAAGCAAAAAUAUGAAAUAACAAUAUUCUCCAAAUACAGCCACUGAAUCAGCAAGUUUUACCCAAAUUGGAGAGAUGGAUGCACAAUACUUCCUGAGAUAGUUUCUAUACAACUUGAGGAAAUAUAAACUACCAGGAAAAGAAUUUAGCCAUUUCCCAAACAGAUAUUCCAUAUCAAUAGAAAAUGACCACUAGUGGAUGCCUGCUGAUUAUGCCCAACUUCUCCUUUAUCUGCCACCAUUUUGUGACAGGCUUUGCACCUGUGCCACCAUUUUGCGAUUAAUGGGUCUCAGUAAUUUCUAGCCCUCCGAAGUGGGGCCUGGGGGUAGAAAUUUUGAGAACCCCAGUCAUUCCUUUGGGAGUUCAAAUGCAGCAGGAGUUGUGUGUUUCAGUCUUAUUGGAAGAAUGAAGCUUAUUUCUUAAGCUUUUCUUAAGGAAACAUCAUCUACAGAGCAGGGCCGCUCCACAGGUCCCUAGUGGCAAGGGCCAUAACUUAAUGGUUGAAGACAUAUUUUGCAUUCAAAAUGUACUACAUACCAUCCCUGGUGUUUCCAGGUAGGGUUGAAAUCUUGCUGCUGCAUGUCAAGUGUACAGUUCUGAGCUAAAUGGACCAGUGGCCUGAUAGCUUCCUGUGUUCCCUAGAGGGCUUAAUAUAAGGAAAUGCAGAAUGCUGAGUCAGGUCUUCUGCGGUGAUUUGGUGUAAAGUUUCCCACACACUCAUCUCUCAAGUGCCUCUGUCCUUGGGAAACUUAAAAUGCUCACUCCCUUUUCUUUUGAUCUGAUUGGCCCUGUGCCUUGGAUGAGAGUGACCUCUGAUCCAGUCACCUUCAUUUUGAUAUAGAGUUGCAUUCAGAGAGGUUCACAUUAUUUUGUUUAUUGAUUUGUGCAAUUCAUCUGAAUCUGAAUAUGACAAAGUGUCUGCAAAAAUCCCCUGGUCUGGGGCUUUUCCAGACAACUCUAAAAAUACUACUUUCUUAUAGCAUGUAUGUGUGUAUGUGUGCCCACGUAGUCCAGGAGCAGGUAUGCUACCAGAACUGUGGUGGUGAUAAAUCAUAGUUGCUAUUUUAGGCUACUUUAGCAUCUCUGGAUUCUGUACAAGCAACUUAAUUUAGAGAAAAGGAAGAGAAAAGAAAAAUAACCCCAGAGUAAAAACAAGACAUUCUGCUUAAUUUCAGAUGCCCAUAGUUAAAUGUCUCACAACAAAUGUAACUGAUCUGUAGAAAACACAACCUGUAGAAAGAGACAAUGCAUGUGCUUUGUAAACAAGGAAAAUCUUUAACAAAAAUUAUUUUAAACAAUAUGUUGAACUGGUGGCAGUGUAAAAUCAGGAACAAUCCUCCAGGUAAUUGUGGGUACUUAACUGUAUUCAAAACAGACCUGGUUAGACUUAUGAACAACCUCUUGGACUUCCUUAUUAUGAACAAACUCUUGUGCUUCCUUAUCUGAUAUCUCCAUUGUCACUCAUGAGUGUUUAGAUCCCUCAGUGUAGUUUUCUUAGGCCUCCAUCUUUUCUCAUCCCCAGCUGCCUCUUAGACUGUGUAAACAUUACUGGCUUAACACACAGCUGGGUUGUUCUAUUUUCAAUUUGGAUUGAAUUAUGUUUUGUGCUAAAAUACAUCAAAACUCAAAAUUACCUAAGAAACAACAGGAUAGAUAUGGAUCAUGUGAACACCACUUCCCAAACCGGAAGUACACUGGAUGCAUAGCAAACAGCUAUGUGUAUAGCCUUGGACCACCACAAGGUUUGGUUGCUUGGAAUUAUACAUGAUUUUCUUUCCCUUUGGUUUGGUUUACCUGCAGAUUAGGUCACCGUCUUCUUAUACUAGGCAGGCCAUAGAGGCAAAUUCAAGGUGUUAGUGUCAACGUACAAAGUUCUAAAAGGAGUGACUCCCUCAUUAUCAACCAUCUCAGGCCCUACGACUGGCAGAAAAGCCUUGCUGUUGGUGCCACCUCUGGCUGCUGUCCGGUGAUGUUGACCCAUGACAGGUCUUCUCAAUGGUGCUUUCCUGUUUGUGGAAUGUCCACCCUGGUUUGGUACAUAACUGCUGACUCUCAGGAGAAAUGGAAAGACAUUCCUAUUUAACCAGGCAUUUGCUGGCUGACAGUUAUUGGCCACGACAACUUAGCAAUUAGCAACAGUGAGGGUAUGUGAUUGUUUUUAUAUGUUUUUUGAUUGUGUUUAAUAGAAUUAAAUGUGCUUUAUAUUGUGUUGUUUUAAUGUCUUUAUGUGUACUCUCCUGGGCUCCUUUGGUAAGAAGGGCAGGAUACAGAUUUAAUUAAUUACCGGUAAUAAUAUGUGCAGCACUAAGUAAGAGUUUUACCUGUAUGCACUUACUGAUGAAAAUGCAAGGAAAACCAGUGUGGCAUAGCGGCUACAUUGUCAAGCUCACUCCAUGCCAGCAUGGCUAAUGGUUAAGGCUGAUGCAAGUUGUAGUCCAGGCACAUGUGGAGAGGAGAGCUACAGGUCCCCUAUUUGUGCUCUAGAGAGUCAGAAUUUGAUGUUCUCUUGAUCUCCCUCCAAGUUACGUUUUCCUGAGGAUUUUUAGUUGUUAUGUACUGAGUUGAAUAGGAUCCAAACUGCAGCAGUCUGAUUGGUCCUAGAACAAUAGGAUUCAGAAUGCAGCAGUCUGAUUGGUCCUAGAACAAUGCAGCAGUAUGAUUGGUUGGCAGGAACCACCCAAUCAUGCUCCAGAUAUAAGUGAAUCCACAACCUGAUUGGCUUACAGUAGAAUUCCAGAAUUAGCCAAUCAUGUGCAGCCCAUUGUGUAAAUAAUGUAUAUAAAGCAGAUACUUUGAGGGAACUUUCAUUCAUUCCUCCUCACCACUAUGAGCUGAAUAAAGAGCAUGAAAUCACUUUGCGACUCUGAGUAUAUUUCAUUAGUGGUCUUGCAAUUCUCUGAUUCUAACACACACACAAAUCCCCUACCCUUAUAAAAGACUUUGAUUACUCUUUGUCUUCUGUCUCCAUUCCAGCAUCUUGGCUUGUUACAUAUGCAUAUUAUAAAACACUCUUCCAACAUGUGGUAUGCACUCUGCAUGUUUGUGCAUGAAUUACAGUUGAGCCUUCAGUCUGGUGCUGUUUCUGACAGGACGUUAGCAAUGCAGAACUGUUUCACGUUGAUGUUAGGGGAAGACAAAAGCAGUAAUUUAAAUUGUGAAAGUCUCUGUAGUUUUUAUUUUCAGUAGCUAAUCUUUGAAAGUUAUCUGUUACAAUGUGCACUCAGUAACAACCCAGUGGGCUGAUGUACAGAGUGAUUCUAGGCAUGCUUACUCAGAAGUAAAUCCCUAUGUGCUUACUGGGGUUUAACUCUCCCAAAGUGUGCCUAUGACUGUUUGGCCAACAGCCCUAAUCCUAUUUACUUGGAAGCAAGUCCCAUUGAACAAGACAAAUAAACAUUUAGGGUCAAUGUUUUGUUCAGUAGUAAAUAUGUUAGAGCUAUCAGGGUGGAUUUACUCCCCAUUACUUCCAGUUCAGUUGUAUAAUAAUGAUAAUUAGUUAAUCUUGCCAAACAAUAACAACAACAUCCAAUAAAGUCAGCCACAGCUGUUCUCUUAUGGAUGGAUGAGCUGAUGUUGAGAAAGAGGACUGUUUCAGAUGGCUUUGGAAACCAUAGUUUCCUGCUACAUGACCAAACUGGUGAGCCCUGGGCUUACAUGUUCUCACACAUUCCCCCCCCCCUUUUGUGGCUGUGAGGGCCAUUAAGGAACUUCCACUUUCAAAUAAACCACAGAUCCCUGUUAUGUCUGAUCUCAAGCCACUGUGGUUUGUUUAAACUAAUUAGUGAACAAACCAUAGCUUGAUCCUGCUGUGUUCUUUUAACAAGACACAGUGUUUCAAGUAUGGCUGUAAUGGGAAACUGUGGUUUCUUUAAAGUUGGAACUUAAAACUUCUGAUCCUUUCUUGUGGUUCACAAAAGAAGAGGAGUGUGAAACAGGAAGUGCACAGGCCUGAGUCUCCUUCAUGGAACAGGGAACAAUGAUUUCCCAAUAAAAAUGAAUUGGCCCAUAGUGUCUUGCCUAAAGCUAUCUCCUGAGUUCAUGGCUGAGGCAAAAUUUGAAUGAAGAUUUCUCUGGCUCACAUGCUUAACCACUACACUACAUAUGUGCAAAUAUGGGUGAAAAUACACAGAGGAUGCUGUUUUACUGUAGUAGUUUAAACAAGAUUACUACAGAUUUCACUAAGCCCUAAUAUUCUAGGACUGGCCACCAUGAACUAUUGUAAUCUACUGUGCCACUUUCUUGUAACAUUGCUGAAGUAUUUGAAACUUUUCCAGGUAGAAAAUUGAGAGAAGCUAUUAACAUUUGCUUUAUUCCCAGGAGGAAUGAUUUUAAGGACAAUGUUUAUAAAUAGGAGAUUGGAUAAACGCAUUUUGCAUUUAGAACAAUAGUCCUUGGUUCUUGAAGGAGCACAUUCCACAGUCUUGGAAAAGCUCCUAUGUAAAGCUCUGCGUCCUGUAUAAACAAGUCUCUUGCAGCUGAUAAAUGGUUCUCUUGAACAAGGAAUGGCAUUGCCAGUGAUAAAUACAUAAUGAACACAGGUUCAAUAAAUGCAUUAAAUAUGAAAAAUGAAAUGCAUUGAAAAUAAGGAAAGGGAUCUUUAGUUAGGCAAAGUGGUUUUUUUGAGAAUCCAUCAAAGAAAACUAUGCACUGGGUAUAAGUUAUAGAUAUACUCCAGGAUUCUCUGAAGGCUUCUUCAGAAGUAAUACAUUUCUUACACAAAAAGAGAAUUUCCUUGUAGGAAAAAGCAUGAAACAAUCCACCUGUCAUCUGUUUAUACAUUUUGGGAAGCUGCAACCAGUCAAGUAUGAUUGUGGGAGGGGGGACAGUUACUGUUUCUGUUAGUUACUAUGUUAUGAAUUUUUGUGUUUUUAUAUUGUAAGCUGCCAUGCGAUUCUUGGAUGAAGGGUGGUAUAGAAAUUUAAUAAAUUGUUAUUAUUAUUAUUGUUAGCAAAAUGUUAGCAGCCACACUGUUUGGGAUAUUUAGAGAAGUCCCACUGAUAUCAGAAAAAGUGUCUCAGUUGUCAUGGUUUGGUGAUCCAAAUUGCCUGAAUGUUGAACUGAAUAUUCUAUGCUUUGUUUGGAGCUCUUUUGGAUGGGGUGGACCUUAAACACACACACACACACACACACACACACACACACAAUGAAAGUGACCUUAAAAUUCCUUUGUGAGAGAUACAGACAUUGUACCUUGAAGACUUACCUAUACUGAAGGGAAGCAAGCAUUAAAGAGCAAUUUGUGAGCUGCAAUUUAAUAUGACUGCCCUGCUGUGAACACUUUGACAGCUUUUGUGCUGCUGUAAAAAUACAUUUUAUUUUUAAAUUGUUUUUUUCCAGUGUAUAUGAACCCCUGUUGAAACCCCACAAUGAAAUGCUACACUCUCCCUUCAAGAAAUGUCCUAACAUUUUAAAAGCUGGGGUUUUUGUGUGUUGUUUUUUUUAAAAAAAGAGAGUAAAAACCAGUUUGAUUUCUGCUCUUGCACUCCUGUACUGCUAAGUUCACAACACAAUUUUUUUACCUUAAAAGUGAGCACAAAUGGUCUUCUCCAUUUCCAAACUUAUUGUUCCUCCAGUUUAGACCCCCCCAACUUGAUGUAAUGAUAUUCCUACAGUUAAUUUCAUAUUUAAUUUGACCCUUAGUGUGACCAAGUAAUGAUGAAAGAUCAAAAUUUGUUCAAAUGCACUUUGAACAACUAAUUCUGCUGGCCAGGAAAUCAGGUCUUUUUCUAAGUCAAGCUCUGCGUUUUUCCUCAGUUAAGAUCGAAAGCUGUGCCCCACUCAAAUUUAUUUUAGGUAAACAAUGUGUGAUAUUGAUGGGUAUGUUUGAUUGAACAUUGUAAAAGAGAAAGUUGUGCAUCAUUUGCUUAAAAAAAAAAAGGCAGGGAACUUGAGAUGGACACCCAAAUUCUGAAGCCUUCCACUGUGGUCUCAGUCUUGAAAUAUCCAGUUAAUACAUCUUACCAUGCAAUUCAGAGGGUAUUUCACAGGCCGCAGGAAGCAUUGGAAUUCCCCUUUUGCCUUCUGGGAGCAGACGAGAUUCACAUGGAUCGCUUGGGGUCAUGCUCCAUUAUGUAAUCCCAUUUAUUUAAUUCUGCAGGAAAAUGUUAAGAGUUAUACACACUAUAACUCGAUAGCUCAUUCCUAGCAGGUUGAUGGGAAUUGUCACUCUGUGAGGGGUAAACUACAGUGUCCAGAAUUCUUAGAGGAAAAGAAUGUGCUUCAAAUGCAUUUUAAAGGGAUAUUGCAUAUGCAACCAAGGUUUGUUUUGUAGUUUUCCGAUUCUUUGCUCUUCAGCUGUAUCCUCUAGGAUUAAUUAUUUUAAAUUCUAUAACUACAUGUAGCUAUGAGGCAUAACAGUAUGUGGGAGGUUUGUUUUAACAGCAUAAUGUUAACUAGAUCAAAGUACCAAUUAAUACGUAUAAUCCGUGUUGUGAAAUCUGCUGUCAUAUUCAAUUUUGUGCCGCUGUUGACAUGUAUCAGAAAACCUGUUGACUGAAAUGUGAGGUGCUCACUGGAGAUUCUCCUGCACAUCAGUUAAAGCAAGUCUUUUGGGGGGACUCUUGCAAGUCUCAUUCUCAAUUCUGUUCACGUGUAAAUGAUGGGGAGAAUAGUUGUGGCUCACCAAAAGGGAGCUUUGCAAAGUAAGGACUACUCUUUCAACAAGCUGAUGGGAUGCAUGCUACAGAGAAGAGGAGCUCACACCACAGAAGCAUUUUAUUAAAGUCAUAAGAAUAAUCAGUUGUUAACCCCUCCACUUCAGGACAGCUUAAACCCUGCCAACGGUAGUCAUCAACAAAAUAAAAGGUUUUAUAGGUUUUUGAAAUAUACCAUAUUUUUCGCUCUAUAACACACACCAGACCAUAACACGCACGUAGUUUUUAGAGGAGGAAAAUCCGUAGGCAUGCCACCCGUAGGCAUUCCCUCCAUAACACGCACAGACAUUUCCCCUUACUUUCUAGGAGGAAAAAAGUGAGUGUUAUGGUGCAAAAAAUACGGUACUUCAACUGCAGAAAAUACCCGAGGAAGUGGUGGUGAGGGCUCCACAGUUAUGAAGCUUCUUCCAAAUUACGUUUGACAUAUUUUGAAAACUUAUAAUGUUACUUGCAUUAGCCUUUUUUUAAAUAAAAAAGUCAGCACUCACAAAGCUGCUUUUGUGUGCAUUUAUUCACUUACUGGGCAUGACAUGACAGAGACUUAUGAAAUUAAGUUGAAGGGCAUUACAAAAUCCCCCUCUUUCUCAAAAGGUAAGAAUGUGAGGUUAUUCUGUGAACUCAAGAGGCAGGUUCAAUGCAAAACAAACUACAAACCCAUGAAUUUCAGGGUCACUUCUCUCAUUGUGAGGUUAUGUGGCCGUUUGUAUCAUCUUGUCAACUGGUAAGGAGAAUUCUUUUAUCAUAGAUUAGGUAGUAGAUCAAUGGUCGUCUGCAUCUACCCUAGCAUUUAUCUAAUACAAAAUGUGAUGCGGAGAGUACUUUGAAACACACAUUUGAAAAUAGCUAUUAAUACAAACAUAGAUUCAAACCACUUAGAGUUUUAAGGAGCCAUAAGCACCUUAAGAUGAUCUUUAUGAAAUCAAGCUUUUGCUAGUUUGGGUGGACAUGAGUGACAAAAAAAAUCAUGUCCAACCACAGGCAAAAGUUGAUGGAAUAAAAUAUAAAAAACAAAAUCUGACAGAAUAGAACUUGUAAGACUAUGGAGAGAUGCACAUAAGAGAGACACAUUCAGAACACUCUGUGAACCACUGGCCACCUCCUCUCAAAAAGCAUAUUGCAGAACUCCUCUACAGAAAAGGCAAAAGAUAAGAAAAGUGGAGCAGCUUUCUUGUGAAGAAAAGCUUUAUACUGCUUUUUAGCUAGUGGUAAAGAGAUGGUGACUGGUAGGUAGCACAAGAGACGCUUAGAAAAUUAUGAAUUGCUUGUUUCUUGUUUAGACUCUUGCAAUGCAUGAUAGAUUGGCUGCCUUUAAAAGCAAUCCAGAAACUGUGGUUGGUGCAGAAGAGUGUCACGAGUUUAUUAACUGAAGCUGCUUCCAGACAAUAUCUGUUUUGGGGUGGAAUUCAGUCACAUGCAUACAAAUUUAGGUUGAACAAUUGCACAGAUGAGUGGGAAGUGUUAUGCAAAAAACCCAUUUCCCCCAAAGAGUGGACUUUUUGUAAUAAGGAAAGUGACAGGGAGAUUCACUGGAAAGUGUAGAAAAGCUUUUGCUUCAAGGCAGCAGCACCCAACCUUCCCACAAGCAAACUGGAGUGAAUGUUCAUUAAACAGCAAUUGCCAUAUAAUCUCCCUGAAAACAAAUAAUGACGAAUGCCCAAUAAACAGGUCUGAAAGUGCCCUGAGACUCAGCAGUUUAAUAAUAAUAAUAAAUAAUAGAAAAAAUCCAAAAUAAAACACAAUAAGAUCAAUCUAGACUUGGCUGCUUGAUCACACUAUGCCUGUGGAUUGUCAGUUGCACUAGCCCCUGGGCCCUAUUUAAAACACUGGUUUGAAUCUUAGAAACCCUAAGCAGCAUGGGACCAGGUUACAUGAAAGACUGUCUUCUCCUACACACGUUGACCCAAACCUUAACAUCCUCCUAAGAAGUCCUGUUCCUGGUACCUCUGAUUAAUGAAGUGAGGUGAGCAAUCACCAGAGACAGGUCCUUUUCAGUAGAGGCAUCUCAGUUAUGGAAUAGGUUUCCAGGGGGCUAGCCAUUUUUGUGGUCUUUUUGCUGCCAGGCUGAAUACCUUUUUGUCCACCCAAGCCUUUGACAUAAUUUAAGUAGUCUCCCUCUCUGCGUAGGAACCAUGGCUUUUGGGUUUUUUUUAAUUUUGAGGAUGUGGCAAGUUCUGUUUCAUUGUAUCUGUCCAGCUUCUUCCCCUUUUAAUGGUUACCAUAGUAUUUCACUUGUUUUUGCUUACUUAUUGUUAGCUACCCUGAGAACUUCAUGUUAUAGGGCAGCAUGUUAUAGGGCAGCAAAUACCAAAAAUAAAUACGGAGACAAAAGAAAUUAUGUGCAGUCCAUUUCUACACAAAUAAUUCAAGAUAAUUACAAUGAAUUAAAUUAAUUGCUAGUAAUUUGAUAACUGUGAAACGAGUGACUUUCCUACACAGUUGACUUACAGAUUUAUUGCUGCAAGAUGGGUCAUUGGAACAGAUUGGUUUGUUAAAAGGAUCAAACAAAUUGGUGCUGGAUGUUCCUAGUAGCCUUAACAGCUAAGAACAGACUCCAUGUGUGCAUUGGGUUUAUAAGCACGUAAUGAAGGUUUUUCCUGCUCUCUUAUGAUACUGGUUCAUCCAAUGAAGGUGAAUAUUGGAAAAUUCAGGGCAGACGAAAGGAGGUACUUUCACACAGUACUUAACUCUAGAACCUGUUCCCACAAGAGGUAGUGAUGGCUACCUACUUGAGUGGCUUUAACUGAGGAGUAGACAAACUCAUAGAGGAGAAGGCUCUCAAUGGCAGUAUGCCCUGAAUUCUGCCAGUUGCUGGCAAUCACAGGUGGGGAGAGUGGUCUUGUACUCAUGCACUGCUUAUGAGCUUUUAAAAGGCAUCAAGUUAGCUACUGUGAGAACAGGAUGCUAGACUGCAUGGACUCUUGGCCUGAUCUGGCAGGGCUCUGCUUACAUUUUUAAGGAGCCAAACUAAUUCACAAUUCCGAGACAAAUAUAUGGAUCAGAACAUGGUUAUCCUUUGGUUUUUGCAUGUCUAAUUCUGAGAUAACAGUUCUUGGAUUAAAAAAAGGUGCUAAAAUGCAUAUGGAAUGCAUAUUUUAAGAUAAAAUGCAAGCAAAAAUGUGUGGUUUGCUGGGGAAGUGCAAAAAUGAAACUAUAGGCAAGUCUCUGUGAUCAGCUUCAUUACACUGAAGUGCAAUUUCAAAGAGUGCUACCCUUGGGUGCUCUGGCUUGGGGAAAUGCUCAGCUGUAACAUGUGAAAGCUGGGUGUGCUAUUCUAAUGUGUGAAGUGUGUCCGCAUCUCAGGAUCAUUGUUUGCAUGGAACUGGUUUCCUGAAGUGGGAUUUCACAUCUUUGCUUGUGUGAAUAUGGUAAGGACCAACAAAGAACCCUUCCAGAACAGACCAAAAUGCCACCUAGUCCAGCAUCCUGCUUCUCACAGUGGCCAAGUCAAUGUCCCUGGAAAGUCCACCAGCAUGGCUCAAAAGUAGAAUACCUUUUCCCACUGUUGCUGUCCAGCUGCUGGUACUUAAAAUCAUCUUCAAAAUACCGUAUUUUUUGCUCUAUAAGACUCACUUUUUCCCUCCUAAAAAGUAAGGGGAAAUGUGCGUGCGUCCUAUGGAGCAAAUGCAAGCUGUGCAGCUAUCACAGAAGCCAGAACAGCAAGAGGGAUCGCUGCUUUCGCUGUGCAGCGAUCCCUCUUGCUGUUCUGGCUUCUGAGAUUCAGAAUAUUUUUUUUCUUGUUUUCCUCCUCCAAAAACUAGGUGCGUCUUGUGGUCUGGUGCGUCUUAUAGAGUGAAAAAUACAGUAAUCUAUAUGCCACUUUUCCAAAUGAUGCUUAAAAUGGCUCAUGAGAGCAGUAAACAAAUUUGUAUAUAAAUAGGGUUUGCAUCCAACGUUAGCCAUACUCGGCAGAAGCCCCUUUAAAUGAAUGAACACUUAGGUGCAUCCUUUUCAGUUUGAGUUUACUCUCAGUAAAACUUGGGUGCAACCUAUAGUCAAAUAGCAAACAUUUUAUGAAUAGCCUAUUUUAUGCUCCUAUUACCCAACUAACAAAAACAUUUAUUUUAACUUAUGAAAUAUAUUCUAGGCAUCUUGAGCCUGUUCUAGGCAUUUUCAUGUCUCCUUGAGACGACUGGGUUGAGGAGAUAAACACUUUGGGUAGUAUUCAACUAAGUUUUAUUCAGAGUUGAAUCCAUGGGGUUUAAUGAACAUUACAGAGUUAGGUCUAUUAAUUUCAAUGAGUCUGCUCUGUGGAGAACUUUAUAUUUGCCUUGGAAGCAUGAAUUUGUUUCUGCAAAUAUUGCCCAAUGAAAUCUUAACCCAUGAUAUCAGCAUUUUUAUCAUACUCGUCUGCAUUUUUGUAAGCCAGUGAUUGACUAUUUUACUAGCCAAGAAAUGUUUCACUUCAAAGUAUCACAUGUAUGUAAUUGGUUCUUGUGAAGUUUACCAAGCAAAUAUUCCCUCUCUUUUACAGACUUGGAUUAUCACUUGCUUUUAUCUUCAGCUGCUCCUCCUUAAUCCUUUUAUCAGAGCCCAAAGUCCCUGCGGGAAUCCUGUGACGGAUGAUGUGUAUGACAUUGCAAAACUGGCAAGUGGCUUUCCUUGUAACCUUCUUUUUAUAUACUAAGUGUUGUGACUAUGCUAAGCAGCCACAGUAAGCAGACUACAGUAAGCGAGAAGGGACACUGGGGAAAGCAUGUUGACGGAAGUGCUUCUUGACUUACAAUUGAAGAUUGAAAGUGCAUUCACAAAAAUGGUUGUGUUUACAGCAGAGCUAGCCAACUCUGUGCCCACCAGAAACUGUUGGACUCCAAUUCCCAGCAGUCCCUGCUAGCAUGGCCAAUCAUCAGGGAUGAUGGGAAUUCUGCUCAUCUCCACUGUAGCACAGUAUUGCAGUCAGGCAUUGACUCCACCACCUCAUCCCAAGGGAAUUCUCUCUACUCAGGACCUCCAGCCAGUGAGGGACCAGGUCACUCUCUCGUUGGCUGGGGGGACUUGGAUUCAACCUGCCUGUAAAUUGACCAAUUGCUGAUGGGCCCAGGGCAGACAAGGUCCAAAGGAAGACUUCACUCUGGUCCACUUCUCAGAAAUAAAAAGCAGCUAGCCCCUUCCCUGGCACUGCCAUUUUUCCAUUUGGGUUCAGCUUGUGCCUACCUGUUACUGUGGGUGAUUGCUCAGUGCAUGACCUUGUUAUAGAUGAUGAUCUCAGUCCCAAUAUUGGGGACCAGGGAGGAAUUUUUCUGUCAGACUAAUUUGCCUCAUCUGAAGGUUUUACCUUCCUCAUAACAAUUGUCACAACUUAGAGUUAGGCCUUAGCCUUGGUUGGAGGAGAGUCUGUAAGCCUCUGUCUGCCCCGCUGAGGGAACAGGUACCCCAUUAAAGGAAUCCAGGAGGAGGUGCUUCUGUCCAGAUGCCCAUGUGUGGGGUCCAGGGUCAUAGCGCUCCUCAAGGCAGCAAUCCAGUCAAGAAGAUAUUUGAUGUAUGUCACAGGGCCUAACCAUCUCUGGAUCAGCCCCCAUAAAACAUCCAACAAGUAGGUUGGUUGAUAUAGAAUAUACCCAAUGCCUAGGCCAAACCCCUUACAUCUGUAAUCGAUAGGGUUGUGGCUAAUUCAAUCCAAAAUGAAUAUUGCCAUGUGUAGUCCUUGAUUGGGUGGGGCAAUGGUUUCACAGCACUUUGGCGUGCAAUAAUUGCUGCAAUCCAGCAACCUCUGGAGAGCAUCAUGUUGGCUACCCCAGAUUUGCAGCAUCCAAGACAGCAGCCUUCGAGGGCUUCCUUUUCAACUCAAAUGUUUGUUCUAACAGUCAGCAGCACAUCUCAGAUGUUCUUAAUUUGUUUUCUUUGGUCCAUUUUUGAUGCCCAUUAGCAAAUUCCCCAAGUGCUAGUAUUAGCUUUUCUCUCAAGCCCAUGGUAAAUAGGCCCCCUGGCCCCUUAACCUAAACCUGAGUGUUUCGUUUGUGUGUUUUUACUUGAAAAUAAUGGAUUGAGGAGCUUUCUGCUUGUGUUCUCACAAUCUUAUGGAAGACAAACCAAAUCGCGUGCUUUUUCCCUAAUUAGAAAAAGGGCAGUCUUUUAUGAAUUGUAUUGUUUUUUUCUUUUACAAAAAUGCAUCUCAAAGGGGUUUCUGCCAAUUUAGAUUAGAUCAUCCCAGCAAGACUCAGAUAAUGGAAAUGUCACUGAGAAACAAUUCGUAACACACAGCCUUGCAUGUUUUACCCCCAAGUAAAGAACAAGUAAAACAGCAUGCAGUACAGUUAUGAACAAUGUACAGAGAUCUUGUGAGCUGAACAAUUUUUUUAAAGUCACAUGGAUUCUAGAAAACACAUGUUCCCUCACUUAUGAGAAACAUGUUGCUUUUAAUGUGGAAAUGAGUAAAUAAAAUAAGGGAAACAUUAGCUGAUACUGCUCCACAUUAAUCCAGUUUGCACAUUAAGCUAAGCCAAACCAUGGUUUAGUGCAGGGCUGAAACUAGGCCUUCUGUCACCUGGGGCAAAGACUCGGUUUGCCACCACCACCCCACAUGUGUUUGUGUACACACACACACACACACACACCAGGAAGGGAUAAAUACAAAGUGCUUCAUAUGUCAGCAUCACAUUUAUUUCAUUGCAGAUAUUUUAUUUUCAGUAUGAAGAGGACUCAAUUUUUGCAGCUGAUUGUAUGCAGCAGUGCCCUCUUUAUGUAUUCAUAUGGUGUAAACAUGUAUGUUGUCCUCUAGAUCCAAACACACACACACACACAGAGAGAGAGAGAGAGAGAGAGGGAGGGAGAGGGAGGGAGAGAACAAACAUAAGCAAGCAAUACUCCAAAGUGCUUUUGUUCCCAAAACGGGCAGGAGGUGGUGUUCUGAUCUCUUCACCACUUUUAAUUGAUCUUUGAGACAUUGAUGGAAGCAAAAGAAGAAGAAAGAAAGAAAGAAAGAAAGAAAGAAAGAAAGAAAGAAAGAAAGAAAGAAAGAAAACUUUCCCUUUCUAACUUGCUUGGAGAGCAACUUUCUCCAGGAUUUCUCUUUCGCACACAGUUCCAAAACAGACAGGGGGAAAGGGGAAGGAGGAUCUCAAGAUCCACACUGCUACAAAAGACAGGAAGGACACUUUUAGACUCUGGAGCUGCAAAGAGGUGGUGGGGUCAGAGGAAGCCCUUGCAAGCUGGGAGCCUCAGUGGUGCCCCUGUAGAAGCUUCACCCAGGGCUGAGAGCCUGGCUAUCGCUCCGUUAACUACAGCCCUGCUUAGUGUGAAAUCACAGGAUCUCAGAAAGGAGAUUGCAGUCAUUUGCUCCUCCUCCAGUCCUGAUGCUGCUGUGCUUCUGUGAACUAUGCCAUGGUUUGGCUUAACAUGUCAUCCAUAUCCAGGCUUAUGGUUUUUCUCCCUCUAGAAAGGUUUGUUCUAUAGCAUUUGGUUUGUGGUUUAUGUGGAGGAGAUAAAUUACAAAACCAGGUUUGGAUGGCACACUAAGCCAAACCAUAGUUUAGGUCACAGCAAUGUAGCAGAACCAAAGGAGGAGCAAGUAACCACAAUAUUCUUUCUGCAGCGCCCACAGUCAUGUGCUUGUGUCAAGCCAUGGUUUAGCUUUGUGGUAUUUGCAAUGUGUGUGGCUGUGGGGAGGGGAAUGAGAUGGUAAGACGUGGUAUGAAACAGUCCUGCAUAUGAUCAUCUCUCUUUCGGUACAGUAAACCUUUGAGAUUUUUGAGCUCUUGCAAGUUACAUGCUUUCAUGCAAUCCAUUUCAUGCUACCAUAAAUAUUUAUGGUGAAGCUGAUCUCCACAUUGGAAGAAAUGUGGUUAUUAACUUGUGCAGUACGAACAAUCACACCUACCAGCUUCCCAAGGGAAAAUGAAAUAGCUUCAUGUUGUUGUUUUUCCUAACAAGGAGUUUAAUGUUUGCUUGUUUGGUGGUGGUGGGGAAGUUCAUAAACAAUGCACACAUGGAUCCUCGAAUGUGUUGGAAUUCUGAGGUGAGAUACCCACACAGUGGAAGUUGCCCCCAGUUCCAUUCGCCACACAGAGGCAGCUUAAGGUCCAAAUAGUUUACUGUUGAAGAAGAUAAGGCUUCAGUAAUACAUUUCUGGGCGUUGAUAUAUACAUACAGCUUGUAGGCUUUGCAGAUACAGAUACAGAUACAGAUAAGUAGAAAUACCUCCAUUGCUCCAUCAAUUCAGAUCUUUGAAUCACUUCUCAAGAUUGACUCCGACACAGACAGCACAAGACUGAGUGUGAUAUGCCUUAAUCACUUAUACCAGGCAUGGCCAAACUUGGCCCUCCAGCUGUUUUGGGACAACAACUCCCACCAUCUCUAUCUAACAGGACCAGUGAUCAGCGAUGAUGGGAACUGUAGUCCCAAAACAGCUGGAGGGCCAAGUUUGGCCAUGUCUGACUUAUACAGUCAGCACUGACUGGGCUGACUCUGCAGCUGUUGGCUUAUCUUAUACAUAGAGUGAUUUGUGCUCAUGAAGGAAAUCAACCCCUUCCUCCAUGUCCAGUUCUUCAGACACAAUGUGCAGACAAUUCCCACCUUUGCAUGGUUCCCCACCAUCGCCAGUUACUCAAGCGCCAAGAACAGUUCCUAACGUGAUUCUAUGCUUGAACUUCUUCUUUUUUAUAUACGCUACAUUUAUAUACCACCUUUAUCUUCCAAGGAGCUCAAGGUGGUGUGCAUGGUUCACCUCCUCUCUAUUUCAUCCUCACAACCCUGUGAGGUAGGUUAGGCUAAGAGAUGGUGACUGGCCCAAGGUUACCCAGUGAACUUCAUAGCUGAAUGAAGAUUCCAACUCUGGUUUCCCAGGUCAUAGUACAACAUUCUAACCAUUAUGCUACACUUUUGGGGAGUUUUCUGAGAACAAGCAGAGCAUUACACCGGGGCCAAAAUAUUUAAGUUAUUGCUUAGAUCUGUGAGGCAUAAGAAAUGGCUUAGACCACUGGUCCACCCAGCUCAGUACAAUAUACUUGACUGGCAGGGAUUCUUCAGGGUUUGGGUCAUGAAUCUUUCCUAGCCCUAUCUAGAGAUGCCAGGGAUUGAACCUGCAUGUAAAGUUUGUGCUCUACCACUGUGCUACAGCCCUUCUCUGUUUGACAGACAGUCUUUUUUCAGAUUUCUAAAAAUAAGCGUACAUGCUUGGCCUUUUACAAACCAUUUCAAAGGCACUCUUAUGUGUGUCUCUGCUCAGCUUACUCAUGUAAGGCAGUAUGAUGGGGGUCUGGAAGAAUUUACAAUUUUAGUGUGCAUUGCUGCUGUUCCUAUUUUUUAAUUGCUGUGCUUAAUUUUAAUUACCCUCCUCUCCAGGCUUUUAAUUUUAAGCGGCAACUCUGAAACAAUGCUUUUUAUAUUUUCAUGAGCUGUCUGGAAACAUUCUAUGCACAUAAUAUUCAUUUUCUAUUAAUUGUGUUAAUGUAAUAUGGUUUUAUGAGUGAUGCCGCACAGUUUUAUAAUCACUGUUCACGAUCCACUUACUCAAGAGUCAUCAACUUCAGUAGAAGUGGUCUGGCAUAAGUGGUUUUAGUAUUGCGCUGUUAAAUAAGUAAAUAUCGUUAACUGUUUCAUUGCUCUACUUAGAAGGGAAGCACACUUUCCCAGCUGAGACAGAAGGAAUAAAGAGGAAAUGUAUCGUGUGGGAGAAUAUAAGAGAGGAGAAAUGUACAAGUAGGAAAGAAAGUGAGAAUCAGACAUCUAAGCAGAAGAAACAAACUGCAAAUACAGAGAAGGGGCAAAUGAAAUGAAACGGAAGAUCUAGCAGCUGUGCUAAGUGAAGCCAUAAGGCUUUGUUCAGCUAUUUAUCCAAACAACAAAUGGCCUGUUCCUACACAAAAGCCACAUAUAAGCUUUGGUCUAAGUGCAAACUUCCCUUUAAAAAUUAUUAUUGUCCUUGUUUGAAUGGAAGGUAUUAUACAACCAACAAAGUAAUCUGAACCAAAUGACACAAAUAAGCAUAGACUCAUAAACAGGUUGAUUUUUGUCAGUCUCGUACAUUUCACUGUAUUACGCUGUUUGACAGCAGAAAGGUCUCCCACGAGGGGUGGUGAACUCUCCUUCCUGGGAGGUUUCUAAGCAGAGGUUGGAUGGCCCUUUGUCAUGGAUGCCUCAGCUAAGAUUCCUGCAUUGCAGGGGUUUGGAUUAGUUGACCUUCACGGUCCCUUCCAACUCUACAGUUCUACGAUUCUCUAAGCCCCUAUUGACUAUGGUCCUACAUUCAUUAGCUGCAUCUCAGCUGGACUACCAUAAUGGAUAUAUGUGCCACUGCCCAUGAAAACUACUCUGAAGUAUCGGUUGGUACAGAAUUCUGCUGCUAAAAUCUUGACUUGGACAAGAAGCAGAGAUCAUGUGGCCCCUUCAUUGUCUCAGCUGCAGAGGGAGCUAUUUUCAGCACAAGGGGUGAAUUCUCUUCUGGAAAACCUUCCAGGGGCUGCAUGCCACUGGUGGGAGGGGCCAGAGGCAAAAAUUGACAGAGCAAUGAAGGCUGACUAGAUCUUUGUAUUGUAGGCUAGUUUCUACAAACACUCUCACACACCCCUCUCUCCUCCAUUCAAGGAGGCAUUAUCAGAGCUAGAGGGCAUAUUGCAGCUAGGCAAAAACAGCUGAGGAGGGUUCAAAGUAGUGCUGGGAAGAGUCCCAUAUAAAGAGGCUUGUGGGGGCACAGUUGGCCCCCAGGCUUGGGGUCCCCAAGAGCAUCUGUGGGUGUUUCCCUUGCAUGUUCCCUUGCCUUUGAGGAGACUUGCUGGCAAGACAGGAAUGUUUUUAUGGUGUGUGUGUGUGUGUAUGAGGUCAGACCUCAUAUGUGGAACUCCCUGCUUCAAGAGGUUAAAUCAUCUUCCUCCUUAUUUGUGUUUACUAGCAGUGGAAAACUUUGCUUUUUAAACAAGCUUUUGAUUCUGUUGCUGCUGUAUUGAUUAGUUGGUGCUGCUCUUUUGAUGCUGUUUCUAAGUUUGUGUGUCCAUGAUUGGAUUACUGUGAUGGUUUUCUGUGAUCCUGUAACACAUUAAGUUGCCAUUCUUUAUGAUACCAUCAAUAAGAGGUGGCCAUCAAUUUGCUCAUAAUCUUUGGCAUCUUUUUAAACCUUUGGAAUCAUUCUUCAAACACCCCUCCUUUGUGACCUUCCUUUUCACUGUCUGAAGCCAAUUCUGCCAUCUGAAAGGAACUCACUCCAGUCCUUUUGCUCCUUCUAUCCUCUCUUGAACCAUCCCACCUUCUCUUUAUCAUCCUACAACAACUGUGCCUUUCCAACUCUUCUCAUUGUUUGUUUUUAAUUUGCACCCGGAAAACUCUGACUGUGAGUAACAACAAAUUAAAUUUUAUAACUUGCCUUAAGUGAAUUUUAAAAGCACACUAAUUUUAUAAAAGCACACUUGAAACUUUUGGGAAAGCUCCCAAGGGAAAAGGGUCCCACGGUUGUAGAUUGUGAUAGUGAUCAAAAAGCUCAAUAAAACUCUUCUGGUCUAGGUAUCACCUGGGUGUGUGUUAGGAUUGUUGCACAUGCAACAAUGUACUCUGUGUGCUAGCAGAGCAAGUCUGCAGAUCAUUUUCUGCUUAUGCAAGGAAGGGAUGCAAAGUGAGUGGUCAUUCAGUGCUUCCAGAGUAGUUGUGCACAUACUAAUGAAAGAGGAGAUUCCUCUCUGUAUCAGAAGUACUAUAUGUUGCACUAAUCAUGGGACCUACGGUAUUUCCCCAAAGAUAUCUGCAACCAGAGGUUCCCCCUUUAUAUAUAUAAAAAAGGUGCUACCCUUGGAGUGAAUGAUAGGAGGGAUACUACUGUCCUCUGGCAUUUGCCACCUGAGGCAUCUGCCUCACUCUGUCUAGUGGUAGGGCUGGCCAAGCUCAACUUAUACCAAAAUGUAUGUGCUAAGAUAGUUCAUUUUUAUGGUAAGAAACACUUUACUGUUUCAUAGUCUACUCACACUGGAAACAUCAUAUCUAAACUAUUAACAUUAGGCAAACAAAACAAAUACAGCCUUGGCUAAGUAUAUAAUACAUGUGUUUGUCAUUUAGUAUAUGUAAUUGCUUAUGGCAAUCAUUGCAGCCUUUUAACCUGAGUUCCAAGAGCAAAACGUUCAGUGUUCCUUCCCAAAACAAACUUAGGGAUCAGAUAUUCAUUCUUGAUCCUGCCCUGCAGCAAUGCUACUGCUGAACACAUAAACAUUUAUUGUACUGAUAAUUCGGUAAUGGUAAUCCCACUUCAUCUUUCUACAGCUUUCCCCAAAUCCUCCUAGUAGAAACCAGCUGGAGAAAAUGGCUCAGGGCACAUCACAUAAAGGAGGAAAAGGACACAGAAGCACCACAGAGCUGAGGUGCUGGGUAGUAAACAGUCCUCAAAAAAAUUGGAAUCGGCCCACAUUCCAUAUGGUCUGUUGGAAGGUGGUGAGGAAGGCUGGUGGGGAAUAUGACUGGUGAGAACCCUAAGCUCUAAAUACAGAGGCUUAGAGGUCCACAUUCUGCCUCUGGGCUUUGAGGUACCCCCAGCCCACUUUAAGUCUCCACCACCAUCGCUCAGCCCAGACACUGAGGUCCUCCUCCGAGGAUCUUCUGCAGGUUCCCUCACUGCAAGAAGUGAAGUUACAGGGAACCAGGCAGAGAGCCUUCUCAGUAGUGGCACCCUCCCUGUGGAACACCCUCCUUUCAGAUGUCAAGGAGAUAAAGAACUACACAACUUUUAGAAGACAUCUGAAGGCAGCCCUAUAUCAGGAAGUUUUUAAUGUUUGAUGUUUUAUUAUGUUUUUAUAUAUGCUGUAAGCUGCCCAGAGUGGCUGGGAAACCCCAGCCAGAUGGGCGGGGAAUAACAACAACAACAACAACAACAACAACCCACUAUUUCAUGUUCCUUUUGAGGAGACGUAGUCCAGCAUUAUCAUCAUGGCUAUGUGGGUUUUCCUAGGGAAAUAGAGGUGUGGGGAAUCUGUGAAGUUGACUUGUAGCAGCAUUGCAGUUAAUGAAGGGCUGAAGGGGGGGUGGGGCAAUUGAGAGCUGCAGUAGUGCAUAGAAAAGCAUUAUCUGGGUGCCCGGCCCAACCACAGAUGGACAGCAGGUCUACUCGUUGAGAAAUGAUGGAGAGGUAGAACUGGAGUACAAGUUUCCUAGUGAGCAGCUCUACCGAGGCCUCACCAUUGCUUAGUCAUCAGCUCUACCAGAAAUGGCAGGCCUGUUUUCUGAGUCUGGUUAUGUAUGUUUGUUUGGAGUACUAUAUAUACAGCUUGGCAUGCAAAUAGAGAAGCAGGCAGGUGAAGGGGAUUGGUCUACUGAGCUAGUGACACAAAAAAAUGAUGUUCAUUCUGUGUUAAGAGCCUAAUUAAUUAGAUAUCUAGGCUGGGAAAACUUUCAGCCUAGAAAAACCCUCUAGAGCUGGUGCCAGUUUGAAUGGAUAGGCUUCCCCAACCUGGUUAGACUACCACUCUCACCAGCUGGAGGUUUUGUUCAUCUUAAAGGGCACCAGGUUGGAGAAGGCUGGACUAAGGCAGCUUCCUUAGGGUGUUCCUGGCUGUCUUUCCCUAAGUCACAGUAGUAGUAGAUUAUUUCCCCUCCUUCUUAGGUCUCUGACAGUGUCUCUGUUGCCAGAGAAGUGGCACCCAAAGACAUCUGAAGCAUUAUUUUGCAGAAGAAUUUGUGCCACCACAAGCCAAAGUGGCUCAUCUGCUCCGUGUGAUGUGGCCUGCCAAGGGCAUGACACACCUCAAUUUUCCAGUUCCCAUGCAGGAAGCAGGUGCUUUACAGAGCACCUUGCAAGCAGCUGUGUCACAAGUAGCGCUGGAGUUGGUUGCUUACCAGAUUACUGGACCAGGAACAACCCAUUGCAAAUGGGUUAAGGAAGUGAUACACAGGCCUGUGUUAUCUUUUGGCCAAAGGGUGUGCAACUAUCUCCCUGAUUGAGACCUUGAAAGGUCUUACUGAAUUUCACAUGAUUUAUGUAAAUUUCCCAACUGUUGGCUCUGGACAUUUAAAUUGUAAGGGUCUAUCCAAGUGCUUUCUGUGACAUCAGAGGAGGCAUGCAACCUUCAAAGAAGAUCAGCUGACAGAGUUAAGAGAGGCAGGAAAGGCAAAUACUUCGGAAAUCAAGGAAGGUAAUGCAAGGCUGAAAGGGUUGGAGGACUAGGAUUCUGAGGAGGAUCCUUCUAAGUAUGUGCUUUGCUGAGAUAGUAUCCACGUGACCACUUUGGACUUGCUGUGACUUGGACAUAGAUGAGACUGCAAAAUUACAACUAUAUUUGAUAGACAAUUCUAUAAAUAAUUUGCAAUUAAGGAAAGUUUUCUGAGUAAGACACCAUGCAUAUAUAUUAUCCACUGUCAUGCACAAGCUGUCUCAUGCUGAGUUGUUUUCUGUUUGGAAGUAAUGCUCUUACUCCUUGAAUUUGUAGUCUUGACCACUUACGUUUUUGUGUGUGUUUUUUUAACUGUGCGUGAAAAGUGCUUGACAGGCCCUGAUGCCGGUAAAGUAGAUUGUAUACAUAAUGCAUGCCAAUUCUUGUAGUGCUUGUUGAUCUGGAACAAAUUUAAUCUUGCAGUGACCUUUCUUAAAGGAAUAUACAGUUGCUGACAUUGCUAAGUAUCAAAUCCCUUCCUGCAUACCGAGUAUGGAAAACAAUGUAUUCCCUUUUGCUUGAAGUGUGGCUGUUGCUGGAUCCCAAAUUAUCUGCUGUCAGGAUGAUGAGAAAUACAGGGUGGGAUUCGACUCAUGGAUGCCUGCAUAAGGACUUCCACUAAUGCAAUGGGGCUUUGCCUCCUCUUCUGCCCCCAUCUCCCCAAACUGGCUUAGGGGGAUCCGGAGAACCUUAAGAACAGCGUAUGGGGAAAUCAUUCCAUCUGGCAAGCUGAAAAUCUUCUCCAGCAAUGACUGGGAUGAGGAAUUAGCAGCCUUUCCCAAUAACCUACUGUUCCAGUUCAGAAUUCAGAUGUAAUAGAAAAUAAGCACAAGCCACGAUGAGUCUUGGAUUCAUGCACUACCUUUGUAUAGGAUUUCAUUGGACUCCAAUUCCCAUCAGCCCCAGUCAACAUGGCCAGUGGCCAGGGAUGAUGGAAGUUUUAGUCCAGCAGCAUCUGAAGAGCUAUGCAUUUCCCACCCCUGCUUUAGCAGAACAUUUAAUGAUAUUUUUCUAUAUAGCACAUAAUUAAAUUUAAGCUUUAUUUUAUAUAGAACCACUAAAUAACCUUUAAUGUCCUUUAUUGUCUGUCUGUAGGUUGGAAAUCUUCCAAAUGAUUAUAUGAUAACCCUUAAAUAUGUCCGGAAGAUGGACAGUCUGGUAUGUACAACCGCUUGAAUUAUAUUCUUUGUAAAACAACCAUGGGAGUCCUUGAUGAUUCUUGUUUUCUGCUCUUAUGAGAUGAGAACUUCAGGUUUUGUUAAAGCUCUUACUAAACAAAGGCCUUUCAAAAGCUAUUUACUUCAAAAGAUAUUGAUCAGUACUAAGACUCAGUGGUUUCUGUGGGUGAGUUAAGCUUAAACCAGGAGUGGCUAAGCUUCAGCCCAGCACACCCUAUGACCCCCACAAAUUUGGGCAGAUCUAAGAAGGGUAAAUAUAUGCAAUGUUCUGCCCAGCCCAACACCCUCAUUGGGACAGAAAUUGCCUCCUCACCCAUUAUCGGAUCAGUCAUUUAAUGCAUGGAGGUGAGCUUUAAACACACUUCCUCAAAUGAUCUGCCCGAAUCCACUGAUGAGGAGGCCUAUGUUCCCAUGUGUGUAUUCUAUGUGGGACUACCUUUGAAGGUGACUCGGAAACUGCAACUAAUCCAAAAUGCGGCAGCUAGACUAGUGACUGGGAGUGGCUGCCAAGACCAUAUAACACUGGUCCUGAGAGACCUACAUUGGUUCCUAGUGCAUUUCCAAGCACAAUUCAAAGUGUUGGUGUAGACCUUUAAAGCCCUAAACGGCCUCGGCCCAGUAUACCUGAAGGAGCGUCUCCACCCCCAUUGUUCAGCCCGGGCACUGAAGUCCAGUGGCGAGGGCCUUCUGGCAGUUCCCUCACUGCGAGAAGUGAGGUUACAGGGAACCAGGCAGAGGGCCUUCUCGGUAGUGGCGCCAUCCCUGUGGUACGCCCUCCCACCAGAUGUCAAAAAGAACAACAACUAUCAGACUUUUAGAAGACAUCUGAAGGCAGCCCUGUUUAGGGAAGUUUUUAAUGUUUGAAGUUUUAUUCUGUUUUUAAUGUUCUGUUGGAAGCUGCCCAGAGUGGCUGGGGAAAUAAAUGAAUUAUUAUUAUUAUUAUUAUUAUUAUUAUUAUUACUAUGUGAGAGAGUUUAUGCAAGAGUGUGGGAUAGCAAUGCCCCUUUUUGGCCACACCCAGAAAGGGAUGCUCUGCCCCAAGCCUGGACCACAGGUGAAUGCCCUCAGGGGAAAAACAACAACAUCUAACAACCCCUGGCUUAAACCUUUUCCCUUACCAUUAACCACACUAUUUUUCUGCUUGAGAGUGCCCCAUAUCUUUUCUUUAGUGAUAAAAUGCAAUAAAUGCACAUUAGUGUGCAAGGCAGAAAACACAGAUUUUUGGUUUGAAUCUUUGAUUUAUAUUUUCGAUCCUAUUGUACAGUGGCUUUGGCAGCAAAAGGGAUAAGCCUAUGUAUAAUUAUCAUUUCCACAGUGGAAAUCCAUACAAGACAUUGCCAGAGAUAAAGGAGGUGAACAGCUUCUUUAGUUGUGAUAAUUAUUAUGAUUAUCUCUUUAAUGAAUGCACUGGGUAAUCAAAAGUAUAUUUUAUUUCCCUGACAUAUAUGCCUUUCUUUGUUGUUUUCUUGCAUAAUUCUGCCUGUCCUAAAUGCUCCUUAUUCCAAUGCAAUAUUCAUGCUGUUUUAGAAAUAUCCGGAUGCUUUCAGAAUAAAAAAAAAAUUCAGUGUAUUCAGUGUAUUCAGUGUUAAUCGACUCAGAGUAGAAACUUUGGACAUGGUUAAUGGCCAUUGUUAAAUUUUGUUUAUUGAGUUCAGUGGUUCUACUCAUGAGUAUAAUUUAGUUGAAUAAAACUCGAAAUGCCUGCAAAUUUUGUUAGCCUUGGUAAGAGCUCUUAAGUGCUGUAUUGUUUGGUUUUGUGAGGAAUAUUAAAACAGGGACACUUCCCUUCAGAAUAACAUUGUUUUGAGUGGCAAAAACUAAUUUAUGAGAUUGGUUAAUUUUGCAUUAGUAGGUAUAUUUUAAACUAUAUUUAAAAAGGUAAAAGGACCCCUGACCAUUAGGUCCAGUCAUGGCCGACUCUGGGGUUGCGGCGCUCAUCUCGCUUUAUUGGCCAAGGGAGCCGGCGUACAGCUUCCAGGUUAUGUAGCCAGCAUGACGAACCAGAGCAGCACACGGAAACGCCGUUUACCUUCCCGCUGGAGCGGUACCUAUUUAUCUACUUGCACUUUAACGUGCUUUCGAACUGCUAGGUUGGCAGCAGCAGGGACUGAGCAACGGGAGCUCACCCUGUUGUGGGAUUCGAACUGCCGACCUUCUGAUUGGCAAGUCCUAGGCUCUGUGGUUUAACCCACAGCGCCACCCGUGUCCCAAACUAUAUUUAGAACAUAAUAAUUAAUCCUACAACUGGUAUUAUUAACACCCCAGUUGUGUUAAUAACAAUGCCACAAGGGGUUAAUUCUCUUUCCAGAAAGAGACUCCCUCCUUUUUAGGUGGUGUUGGAAGAUGUUUUCAAAUGGGGCAACAUAGCUCCUUUCUUCUGCUAAUACACUCCCUGCCCCCAGCAAAUAAUAAAAAACAUUAUUAUUAAAAUAUUAAUAUUGUAAUAACAGUAAUAGCUAAGAUUAGAAAGUGUCAAAUUGAUAGAGGUUGCCCAACCAGUAGAGGGAAAAGGUGGAAAAGACGGUAAGCUGCCAGAACAAGUAUCCAGAUAUAUUAAGCGAUAAAAUAGGGAGGGGAGGAGGCUGGAUAUAGGACUGGGAGUGGGACAAGGAAAAGAGGAGAUGGGAAUCCUUACUUCUUGGACUGCCGUGUGAGCCUCUCAACAUUGCUGCCUGCCUGAUGUACAUGCUUUGCAUGGAAAGAUCUCCUCCAGGUUGAUCUGCAAAAAAAUCCCAACUGAGGCCAUCAAAAUUGCUGCCAGUCUGUGAAGGCAAUGCUGAGCUAGGCUGGACCAAGGCUCUGACUUGGUAUAAUGCAGCGUGCUUCUAGGGAGAAAAGCAAUGACAAACCUAGACAGCAUCUUAAAAAGUAGAGACAUCACCUUGCCAACAAAGGUCCGUAUAGUUAAAGCUAUGGUUUUCCCAGUAGUGAUGUAUGGAAGUGAAAGCUGGACCAUAAAGAAGGCUGACCGCCGAAGAAUUGAUGCUUUUGAAUUAUGGUGCUGGAGGAGACUCUUGAGAGUCCCAUAGACUGCAAGAAGAUCAAACCGAUCCAUUCUUAAGGAAAUCAGCCCUGAGUACUCACUGGAAGGACAGAUCGUGAAGCUGAGGCUCCAAUACUUUGGCCACCUCAUGAGAAGAGAAGACUCCCUGGAAAAGACCCUGAUGUUGGGAAAGAUGGAGGGCACAAGGAGAAGGGGACGACAGAGGAUGAGAUGGUUGGAUGGUGUUCUCAAAGCUACCAGCAUGAGUUUGACCAAACUGCGGAAGGCGGUGGAAGACAGGAGUGCCUGGCGUGCUCCGGUCCAUGGGGUCAUGAAGAGUCGGACAUGACUAAACGACUAAACAACAACAACAAUGUUUCUUUGAUCUUCAUGCUGUGCUUAUGCGUUCCCAAGGCGUCCAGCUGGCCAGCAUAAGAAAUGACGGCUGUUCUGAGUUUCUUCUGUCUGAGGCCCUUAGUUCCUUCCACUAUUCCCCCCCCCAAGUGUUCCAAAAUGUGGAACUGUGGUUAUCAAUAUAUCCACAUCAGUGGAGCAGCUUUUUGUUUUCAUACUUGUGGUGCAGUUUUCUCACAACAAUGUCCAGUACCUUAAAUUAAAAACACAUGGACACUGAAACAUCUGGACCAUUCUGACAAUAGUUUGGAUGUGAAGUGAUCAUUCAUAAUUUCCAUUGGUGUGUUUUCAUGCUGCCUCAUCUACACAGUGUACAGCUCUGCUUUGAUGAAUAAGAAAGCCAAAGCUGCAGAUCAUCAGUAUUACAACAGUACCCCCCUUCAAAACAUCUAAUGAAGUUCUUACAGAACCAUAGAAUUGUAGAAUUGGACGGGAUCUUGGGGGUCAUCUAGUCCAAUCCCCUGUGAUUCAAGAAUCUCAGCUAAAGCAUCAAUGGCAAAUGGCCAUCCAGCCUCUGCUUAAAAACCUCCAAUGAAGUCUGCUCCACUGUCAAACAGCAGCCAGAAAGUUCUUCCUGAUGUUUAGUAGAAAUCUCCUGUCUCGUAACUUGAAACUAUUGGUUUGGGUCCUACCGUCUGGAGCAGGAGAAAACAAGCUUUCUUCACCUUCCGUGUGAUAGCCCUUAAAUCAGUUUUAAACUUAAAUCAAUAUGUGGGGGAGGGCAAGGUGGAACAAGCCCAAUUAGCAUGCUUUCAGUCAACUGAAGAAAUAUAUUAGUUUUUGGCACUUGGUGCAACAAAAAAUAUUCCAAGCCAAAAUGUGUCAGCAACACAGAUCUAUAAAAUGCAUCCAAUGCCAACAUUUAAAAAAAAAAAAUUAAUGCAUUGCAAAUUACUUUCAGCCAAGCAUCUAAUUCUGUGGGCCAAAAAGCAAAUGUACAAACUGCAAAGAAUAGUGUGGGUGGGUGCUGCUCAGUUAAAGGCCAAGGGAAGUCUGUUCGCUGGCAGGAAGAGUAAGUAAAAUGGUUUUAGUGUGUGUGUGUAUGUGUGUGUGUGUGUAUUCUUGCAUGUGCAAAUGGAAGCAUGAACGAGGAAGAACCUUCUUCUGCGAGUGUUGAAAAAGAUAGGGUGGGUAAUCCAAGUUUUGUGGCUUGCUCAGUUGGUUAGAGCAUGGGGCUGAUAACUCCAAGGUUGCAGGUUUGAUCCCCAUACGGGACAUCUUCAUUGCAAGGGGUUGGACUAAAUGAACCUCAGGGUCCCUUCCAACCCUACAAUUCUAUGAUUCUAUGAUUUAAAUGUUACUAUUAAGUUCAGUUCUCCAUAAACUUGAUGUUCUUUACUGAAAGUUAGUGUUUGUAGGAGCAGCAGAAUUAAUAGAUUUGAGUUACUCUCUUAUCUCUGAAAUAUGCUACCAAGCUGUAUAGUGAAUUUUAUGGUUCUCCUUUACUCCUCUCCCCCCACCAUCUUCCUAGUUUGUUGCCAACAACUGUUUUUAUGGUGGACCAUCCAGAAAAAGGAUAGUGAAAUUGGCAGCGAGGAUUUGUGCUGUAGAAUUCUGCAUGUAGGGCAGUGGGUGCAAAUACAAAUAAAGGCACACAUAAAUGCUCAUUAAAUAAAUGCAAUAGACUGAUAAACCUCAGGUCGAAAUUGUACUUCGUCCUCAUGAAAUUUGUAAAUGGGGCCCUUGGCUUCUUCAAUUGGGUCUUUCUGCUUCUCAAAUGAACACACCAUGAGUUUCAUCAUUUGGGUCAGUUUCCAAGAGUUAGCAAGCGAUUCUACAGUAUUGGUUUAUUUGCUUUUGACAUCUCCGUUUGCUCUCAGUUAAGAUUUUUGCAGUAACUAGAAUCCAGUGACAUUGGGAGGGCCAUAGGUUCUCCAUCCCUGCCCUGUGCAGCUCCACCGAAUCGUUGCAUUAAAGAUCUCAAAUUGUGUUUUAGUUGUGAGUGUUAGUAAACCAUGUUUGACAUUGAGAUAGACAAAUUCAAGGCAUAAAUUGUGGGAUGGUGGGGGUUGCAUAAUGCGUUUUACAGCAAAAGGGUCUUGUGGAACCUAAUGUGAAGAUACACUUUUUAAAAAAAGUAUAGCAUAAUUAGAAGAAUAAAAGGCAUAAUAAUCAAUCUACAAGUCAUUGUGUAAAGAAGAACAAGAUUGUGUGUUAGAUUCCCGCAUACUUCAGUGUGAAAGAAGUUAAACGCUAGCAGUGAUUUUUUUGACAGCUUUGAAGCUGGUAGACUCAGGGAUAAAGCAGAACUGGCAACAUCUACUGACAGUCAUGGCUGACCUAGUUAUGUUAAGAAGGACUGUCAGGAAUUCCAAAAAGGACUCAAGAAAACAGCAGGUAAUCUAAUGGCAGCUGAAUUUUCAAUCUGACAAAGUGCAAGCUAAUACCUAUUGGAAAGGACACGUUAAUCUACUUUUACACACUUUAAAUUACUUAAACAGUUGUGUGUGGAGUGUAAUCUCUCUCUCUUUUCUUUUUAUCACCCCUGACAGCCUAAUCAUUGUUGGUUGUAUCUGAUGGUUCCUGAAUUGUCAGCGAGUCUGAAUAAUCUUCUGCACAGAUUUAAAGACUUUUCAGAUAUGUCAGAUGUCUUAAGUAAUUACUCAAUCAUCAAUAAUCUCACAAGGAUCAUCAAUGAUCUAAUGGCAUGCCUGUCUACUAAUAAAAAUAAGGUAAUAAUCUAAGAUUAAUCUUCCCUCUUGGUUGCAAAAUAAUACCUUUGUGUAUAGAGAGCAGACCAGAACAGAAUAGACUGGUUUGUAUGUAGUGGGAAGGAUCCUGGCCGAGCUUCAGCACCUGCUUCCAUCUCGGCCUCCUGCACAGCCAGGCAAAAGACUUCUGCAGUGCUUCAUUUUGCCUUCAGAAAAUCCCAGCUCUUCAUGUGCAAAUCAGAGACAUUUAUUCUAAAGUUGUUAAUUAAACAAAUCAGUUUGCAGUUUGAUUGUUUUAAAAUUUUGGAAUUUGUUUUAAACCAUGGUCUGUAGUUCACAGGUAACAACAUCAAGCCAGGAUUUUCUAAAAGUGAAACUAAAUGCUGCAGAGGUCCUUUUUCCAAUCAUAGUAGAAGGGUGUGUGUGUGUGUGUGUGUGGAAAACACAAGCCCAGGACUUUGCUUGGGCUUGCCCUUGCUUGUGCCUAUAUCGCUAAAUCUUUAUUGAGUGUUACACGGAAAUUAUCUUGUCUCUAGGAUUGUUUCACUUUGUACUAGUUUCUUGCUAUUAUAUUUAAGCCCCUCAGUCUGCCUGCAACUAGAUUUCCUAUCCACUUUUUAUCAUUUAUUUCAGUGUGAUUCUGUAGAUGCCUACUCUGAAGUAAGCCCAACUGAGCUCAAUAGUACUUAUUCCCAAGUAAGCAUUUUUUGGAUUGCAUCCUUAAUAUUUGACUGGGGAUGCAAUACUACUUUUUAUAUACAGUAUGUAUAUAAAAUGGACUCCUUGUUGUCUGGGAGACACACCUAAGGCUCCACACACCUAAGGAAGCUCUGGACAUCUACAGAACUAUUUUUUAAAUCUAAGCGAGUUUCUGAGGCAGUUUUGUACAUGCCACCUGCAUAGUUUGUGUGUGUGUGUGUGUGUGUGUGUUCAUGCACACACACACACAUUUCCGAAAGCAAAGUCACUGCACAUUUGAGCCAUUGGGAAUAGCUAAAACAGAUUUAGGAAAUCUGUUCAAGGACUGCUUCCCCCAAAAUUUAAGUGAUAGCAAUCUUACAAAUGUUACUGGCAUAUAACAUUAUACUGUAGAAGUAAUUAUGCCCUCACAUAGAUCUCCCAUGAUGUUGAAGGCAGGCAGGUGUAAAACCUGCCCUUGUUUCAGCCCCCUGGAUUCAUGUGUCUUUAUUACUUUGUGAUUAAACUACUGUGGCACAUUCUACGUGGAGUUGCUCUGGAAAACAACCUGUAAACCACAGUUGGUGCAAAAUGCCACUGCCAUGAUUUUGACAGGGGCCAAGUGGUGAGUUCAUUCACCACUUUUAUUUUAUCAGUUGCACCAGCUGCCAUAUGAUUUAGGGGUGCAAUUCAAAGCACUAGGUAUUCCCUUUAAAGAUCAAGUUAUAUCAGUAUCAGUUGCUGCCCACGUGAAGCUGCCUGAAUACCCUCUUAUGCAUGUCAAGACCUUGACUCAGCUAGAUGGGUAAAGAAAAACCGAUUUUAUGUGUUGUAUGUGCGAUAUACAACGCUUUAAACUGAAACACUUCUUUGAUGAGUCUAGAUUCUGUGUUAUGAUUGGUGGCAGAAGGGCCUUUCGGUGGCAGCACACUGCAUGUGGAACUCCCUGCCUCAUGAAUUUAGUAUUAUUGUCUUAACUUGCUGGUUAAAAUGAAGGGGGAAGCAGGGUAUAAAUCUUAGUAUAAAAAAACAAACAAACGCUCAGGAGAGUAUUGCUCAAUCUGGCCCAAGGUAUCCCCAUGCUUACAAUACACAAAGUAACCGUGUUUUAGUAGUUAACUGAAAUAUCAUGUUAAAGAAGUAUGAUGUAACUGAAAACCAUAUUGUUUGGAGCCAGUUUUGCCAUUAACUGAUAAAGUUUUGCAGCAAGAAAGAAAUCAAUUGAAAUCCAGGGAACAGAGCUUUUGCAUCAAGGAAAAUGUGUCCAACUGAAUUUGACCUUUAUAAUUUACAGUUUUGACCUCCCAGUUUGUACCACCUGUUAAACACAUUUCCAUCUAUUCAUGAUCCAUACCAUUUCACGCUGUGGUAGCUCAGCUUAUUUGUGCUUCCUUUACAAAUGGAUUUUGUUAUUUUUCUCCCCUUAGAACUUUAGAAAAUAUAAUGACCAUCUUUAUGAAGAAGGUAAAUUCUUUCCAGAAGAGUUCUUUAAGCACUUUAAUAGCACUAUUGAUGUCUACAAAAGCAUUGCAAAAGCACCAGAACAGAGCGACUGUGUUCUGCUUUCGGCAACAGAGCCCUCCCCAAAUGGUAAGACUUCAUUUUUAUCUGGAUGUGUCCUCAAAUGACACAAACUCUGAUCAUCUAUUGUCCCCGGGAAGCUAUCUCAGGGGUCGGAGGAAAUAUUUAAUCUUCCACUCUGACACUGAAAAGACGUCUCAGAUUUUGGAGAAGGAGGUCCAAUAUCAAAUUUCCCUGUUCUGCCACCUUGGAAACAUUUGAUGCCCUGGCCCAGCUGCUUUCUGAGCUCUGAGGUCCAUGGGCAUGUUGUAGAGGACUGGGAAGCAGUUUGGUUCCAAUGUAUCCCAAACCACCUGUGACUUUUCUUUCCAUCCCAUCAAUCUAGGUUCUUGCUGGGAGUUGCAAAAUGGACAGAGAACCAUAUGAGUUUCCUCCAAACUCACUUUCACCCUGCAGGAAUGAGCCCAGUAGGGCUUUGGUUGGACAGCUAAACUACCUGUGGAUUGCCCCGCAUGCCAACUUCAGGACUGCACUGUUAGCAAGACUGUGCUAAUUCUGUAUAAUAUGGCACAUAUAAUUAUAUAAAGCUGCAGCUGAUUAGAUAUGGACAUAGAUCUUACUAGUAGUGACAAUCAGCUGCUGAAUGUGACAAUCAUUUUAUGUUAAUGGAAGGUUUCUUCCCUAUGUGAAUGGGGUGAAAGGCGUUGGGGGAAGUUGGAUUGGGACUGCAGAGAGGACAAAGGGUUGAAUCCCCCUGUUUUUCUCCACCUCCCUCCAAUAUACUGGGGCUGAUCCACAUCAGUAGGCCUUCUGGUGACUAUCUCUUAAAAUGGUUGCAAGCAUAUUCUGGGGUUAUUAUGAGGGAGUUCGACAGGGCCGUCUUAAGCAUAUCCAGCGCCGUGGUUCAAAGAUCCCUCUGGCGCCCCCCCCUUUCCCAGAGUUGUCGACCUUUUCCCAAGCCUCUGCGGGGAUCACUCUCCUCCUGCGGAGGCUUGGGAAGGAAGCUGCAUGCCCGCCAGCCAUAUGAUUGACAGGGCACAGCUGGUGGGCAUGCAGGGAAAGGGAAGGCCGCCGGCAAAGUUGCGCAGCUCCCCCACUCACUGGGGUGCCCCUGAAAGGCCAGCACCCUGGUUCAACGCACCAGUAAGCCCAAUAGAAAAGACAGCUCUGAAGUUUGAGCUGAGGUACAGCUGAGUAGUUUUAAAAAACAGAUUUUUUUGGGGGGGGGUCACUGUUAACCUUUUGUUUGUUUGUUUGCAUUGUUGCUAUUGGUCAAUAUUAUUUGCAAACAGUUCCGUUGACUUGGUUAAAUGCUAUAAUACAGGCAAAAUAAUCUGCAGUUUUCCAAAAUAUAGACCACCAAUCCACUCUGUUUGUCUUAGAUGCCGGCAACAGUGUCACAGAGCCCAUUUUGUUACAUCCUGUUGCUGCCAGCUCUCUUAAGAAUGACAGCAGUGGCGAUAGCAGCGAGCGUAAGUAUAAACCAUUGUACCCAUUUGCAUUUGAUUUCUACAGGGGGAACCAACUGUAUUGUGCAGGGAAUGGGUGUGUGUUGUCAGUAUCUAAUGUGGCGUAGUGGUUAGAGUGCUGGACUUAGGACCUGGAAGACAGGGGUUCAAAUCCACACUGAAACAUGAAACUCACUCAGUGAACUUGGCCUCAGCCUAUCAGGGGUUAUUGUGAGAUUAACAUGGGGAGGAGGAAAACUAUGAGUUCCUUGGAGGAUAGGUGGAAUAUCAACGAAAUAAAUAAAUCAGCAUUUGUGCUUGCAAAGGAAUACAGUUUAUUGCAAGCACAUUGUGCAGUUAUAAGUGUUAGUAAGUAGUAAUAACACUUAGAAUUGACAUCACUUCUAAGGUGGAGGCAGCAACAUAGUGAGAAAGAACACAUGGGUUUGUUUUUUAUUUGUUGCUAUAAGGCAGGUGUGGGGAACGUUUGUCCAUCCAGAUAUUGCCAAACUACAACUCCCAUCAACACUGACCUUUGGCAAUGCUUGAUGGGGCUGAGAGUUGUACUACUUCAAAAGCAUCUGGAGGAACAAAGGUUCCCCACAGCUGGUACAGUGGUACCUCAGGUUAAGAACUUAAUUCGUUCUGGGGGUCCAUUCUUAACCUGAAACUGUUCUUAACCUGAAGCACCACUUUAGUUAAUGGGGCCUCCCACUCCGCUGUGCCACUGCAGCGCGAUUUCUGUUCUCAUCCUGAAUCAAAGUUCUUGACCCAAGGUACUAUUUCUGGGUUAGUGGAAUCUGUAACCUGAAGCGUCUGCAACCCCAGGUACCACUGUAUAAGUUAUAUAAUGGCGCUAAUUAGGAGUUGCAGGAUGGAGUCCAUAUUGCAAUGAUUGGCUGGUAUUAUUAACACCACAACUGUGGAAUCUGCUUCCCAGUCAAGUUCAAGAGAACUUGGCCGUGUUCAUACCAUACAUUUAAAGCACAUGGCUUUUCGCUAAGAAUUCUGGGACUUGUAGUUUACUCCUCACAGAGCUACGAUUCCCAACACCCUAAAUAAACUACAGUUCCUGGGACUCUUUGGAGGAAGCCUUGAGCUUUAAAUGUAUGCUAUGGUUGUGAGCUACCUCUCUCUUAGCACUAUAUUACAUUGCUGGAAGGUUUCAGUAGUAUAUGAUAAGUCCCGUAAAUGGCUACACAAGGUCCUGUUUCAGGCUUCCAGGAACCUUGUUAGGGGCUGGAAAUACACAUUAACAUCUAAUAUCAUGAUGACUCAAAAUUGCCACAUGAAGUUGCCACGUGAAGUUUGUCUCAAGAGCCAGAGCAUAGUUCCAUAGUGGACAACCAAAGAAGGACAAGCUACUAUUCUGCUUAGCCAUCUGGCUGUGAUGGUAAGCCAAGCUGGUUAUCCUUCAGAAUCCAAGUCAGGGGUUUACCUUGUUAAAAUGUGCAGCAAAAAGGCAGGUGUGUGAGGGCACUUGGAGGUCAUCCAUGUGUGUGUAGAGGGGAGAUAUAACUCCAGGGGUUUGUCUCCCACAAUAGGAAAUUUUCCUCCUCCCUGGGGGCACCCCACCUGCAUUGCUCUUCCAGGACUGUCCACUCAGCAAUAUUGAGAAAUUCCUCACCUUGCCCAGUAGCUUGAAGUGUGGUUAUAGGUGGGCCUCAAGUUUCUACACCUUCUCUUCCAGCAAGGCAACCAGACUGCACUUACUACAGGUAGAGUAGUGCACAUUCUCAGGCAGGAAGACAAAUAUAGCAAGGAUGCUGCAGGUCACUGUCUCUUGGUCCUACGCACACCAUGAGACCGCAUUCUGGGCCUUUCCCUCAAAACACCUUCGCAAACACCCCUGUUUACAAGUCCUGGCCACAAGCUCCCAGAGGCUGCAAUCAGCUAAACAGGAACUGUUGGGGGCUGCUAACUCCUCACUACAACUUGUCAUGAUGGAUCAGGUCAAUGGUCCAUCUAGUCCAGCAUCCCGUGGCAACCAGAGGCCUGUGGAAAACCAGCAAGCAGGAUUUGAGCAAAAGAGUACUCUCCUCACCUGUAGAUUCCAGCAACUUCGUAUUCAGAAGUAUUGCUGUCUCCAUCUGUGGGGGUAUUGUGGCUGUUUUGCUAAAUGCAAGAUGGUUCUUUUAAUGAUUAGAUUCAGAAGCAAUACAAACACAAUUGGGUAAGAAGAUUACAGAUUUUAUUACAUAUAGCAAGCAAAAUAUACAUUACCAAGCAGCUCCUCAAUCUGCCACUGAGAAGCCUGGAAGGAUUGGGAAAGUGUCCCCCCAGAUAGUCUUGGUGCACAGCUCUAUGACCGAUAGACUCUGCUGAGCUUCUGCUUGGCAUGCUCCAUAGCCAGGUAUUUUAUAGACCUGUGUCCUAUUAGGACAUGGGUAGGCAAACUAAGGCCCGGGGGCCAGAUCCGGCCCAAUAGACUUCUAAAUCCGGCCCGCGGGUGGUCCGGGAAUCAGCAUGUUUUUACAUGAGUAGAAUGUGUCCUUUUAUUUAAAAUGCAUCUCUGGGUUAUUUGUGGGGCCUGCCUGGUGUUUUUACAUGAGUAGAAUGUGUGGUUUUUUAAAAAAAUGCAUCUCUGGGUUAUUUGUGGGGCAUAGGAAUUGGUUCUUCUUCUUUUGUCCCCAAAAUAUAGUCUGGCCCCCCACAAGGUCUGAGGGACAGUGGACUGGCCUCUACUGAAAAAAGUUUGCUGACCCCUAUAUUAGGACGAUACAGGCCCAACCAGAGCUACUCUACAUCAAAAGACAAAAAUGCCAGGCUAUACAUCAAAGGCUUUGCUGACCAGUGUCAUCAGUACAUCCAAGGCCUUUUCACAAGGGAUAUUGAAAGUAAUAAAAUACAGAUAGGAGAAUUAUGAAUAGACCAGAGACGGAAGGGUGGACCAUGUCAGAUCACUAUCUCCUCGAGAUCCCAUACAGUGGCUAAUAGUCAUUUCUCACAGGUGCCCCAGAGAGUGACGUGAUGUGUUGUGGUGCCUUCUCCAGCAAGGUUUUUGCAUGGAGAGAAAGGCAGAGAAGCUGUUUUUGGAUCUUUUUUAAUGCAAUAUGUGGAGCUACCCAGUUUCACAUUCUUCAUUUUGUAUUUAUUUGUAUUAUUCUCCAACUGGCCUCUGUAUCAGUGACUGCAUUUCACGGAGAGCUCGAUUCUCUGCUGAAGCAAAGCACCAUCCUCUGCCAUUUGGCUGAAGCUUAGCACGUAUCCUUUCAGAAACCACCCUUCUGAUCUCUGUGGCUCCAUGUUUUCAGUCUCUGAUGUCCCCAAUUAAUCAAACAUUUAAAAGCAAUACCAAAAAAACCCAUGGCAUUCAGUCAGUAAGUUCCCUAAGAAUGAAUACAUUUGCAAUUUAAAGCAGAGUGGAUCGGCUCUGCAUAUUUGUUCCUCUGCCCAAUUAUUUUUAAUUAUAUGACUAAAUGUGCAGGUGUGAAAAGCAUUGAAGUAACAUAGAUCAAAAUCUUGUCUUAAUUAAUCUGGAGCAAAUCCAUGGGUGACAAAGCUGGCAGCAGGAUUAGUAUGUGGUUCAUUGUGUCAGUUUUCCAACUCUAUUCACCUUGCCUGGCACCAGGUGGGAGUUGCUGCAUUCUUGAAGCUUGACGAUGUUACAAUAGAAAUAUUAAGAGCCACAGCACCUUUGCUGAUUAAAACCCAAGCUAUACAUGUGUGCAAGUUUGUGCCCUACCCUAGUGUGUGAGUGUGUGUGUGUUUUACAAAAUGCAGCAGUGGAGGCUAUAAACUGAAGCAGAAGACUGGCAUGGGGAGGGCAGAGGAGCAACUUCUUAACUGUCUCCCUUUGGAGGCAGUUUCUAGAGGGGGAGACAGGUGAGUCCCUCUUUCUCCUACCUCUUCUCAGAACUAGUCUUCUACUUCAGUUUAUAGCUUCAGCAGCAGUGUUUGAGGGAAGGAAAACAACAACAACCAGAUCAGCACAACCAUUAAAAUGGGGUGAUGUGCUUGAUGGAGGUGUAUUUUUUUAAAAAGGGAAAAUCACAAGCAAGAAGCUAGCACUCAGGCUGCCAGGAAGCAAAGAUGUGAAAGGAUUACUACAAGAGAAGGCAAACAAAUUCAUUGCAACCACCUACACUUAAAAAGGGAUGCGGUUGGUGCUGUGGGUUAAACCACACAGCCUAGGAGUUGCUGAUCAGAAUGGUCGCAGUUUGAAUCCCCGCGACGGGGUGAGCUCCCGUUGCUCGGUCCCUGCUCCUGCCCACCUAGCAGUUCGAAAGCAUGUCAAAGUGCAAGUAGAUAAAUAGGUACCGCUUCAGCGGGAAGGUAAACGGCGUUUCCGUGUGCUGCUCUGGUUCGCCAGAAGCGGCUUAGUCAUGCUGGCCACAUGACCCAGAAGCUGUACGCCGGCUCCCUUGGCCAAUAAAGUGAGAUGAGCGCCGCAACCCCAGAGUCAGCCACGACUGGACCUAAGGGUCAGGGGUCCCUUUACCUUUACCUUACACUUAAAAAACUGUUGGACAGACUCAGAACUGAACUACAUUGGGUGGGGGUUGGGGGUGCAUCUGUAGAGCCGAGUCAUAUAGCAAUGACCAGAUGAGCUUGAGUGCUUAUUGACAGAUUUAAAAUGAAAAAUUCACGAAAUCUAGAUGACUUACACCAGAGAUUGCUUAACGAACUCAAAAACAAAAUGCAACUUGCCACUAAUCAAUUAGCUUUCCAAGGACUGGAUGGUAAGCAAUACAAUGCCAGGUUUUUGGUUUUGUUUUAAAGAAUUCAAAGGAGAUCAAGGAAGCAAAAUGUCCAUUGACUUCUGUUCCUGGUAAGAGCAGGGAAAGCAUUUUUUAACCCUUCAGUUAUAUAGAAUAACAAAUCUUUCACAGGUAGUAUCCCUAUGGUUUCUGCAAAGGGAAGGCAUGCCUCAUUUAGGGUACAUUGAGAGUAUCAACAAGACUGUAGAUUGGAUGGAUCCAGCUUUUGACCAAAUGCUUUCACCGGAGUAAACACAGCAUGGAAUAAGAGGACAUAGCCUCUUGUGGAUUGGUAACUGAUUGUGCAAGUGGAAACAGAGAGUAGGAGCAAGCAAACAAUGUUCACAGUGAAGAAGACUAAGCAGUGAAGUUUCCCAAGUAUUUGUAUUGGGACUAUUGCUAUUUAAUUUAUUCACAAAUUAUACAGAUUCUGGGAUAAGCAGUGAGGAAGCCAGACUUGCAGAUGAUACCAACAUAUUCACCAUAAAGAAGGCUGAUCGCCGAAGAAUUGAUGCUUUUGAAUUGUCAUGCUGGAGGAGUCUCUUGAGAGUCCCAUGGACUGCAAGAAGAUCAAACCUCUCCAUUCUGAAGGAAAUCAGCCCUGAGUGCUCACUGGAAGGACAGAUCCUGAAGCUGAGGCUCCAAUACUUUGGCUACCUCAUGAGAAGAGAAGAUUCCCUGGAAAAGACCCUGAUGUUGGGAAAGAUUGAGGGCACAAGGGGAAGGGGAUGACAGAGGACAAGAUGGUUGGACAGUGUUCUCGAAGCUACCAGCAUGAGUCUGACCAAACUGCGGGAGGCACUGGAAGACAGGAGUGCCUGGCGUGCUCUGGUCCAUGGGGUCACGAAGAGUCGGACACGACUAAAUGACUAAACAACAACAACAACCAACAUAUUCAGGAGAGUGGAAGCCCAAGUCAAUUGCAGAGGGCUCCAAACUUAGAUAAAUGGGCAGCAAAAUGGCAAAUAAAAUUCUUUCUAAGAAAACAUAAAAUAAAGUGAUACAGGAUCAUUGAUCACUCCCUAUGGAGAGUCCAUGCCUCCAAAUAGAAUCCAAAAAUGCAGGAAGGUUGAUCCAUUAUAUGCAUAGGGCAGCUGUAGAUAGAAUAACAGGACCAUAAUCUUCUUCAUGCUUUCCUGGGAGUAAGCUCCAUUGCUUGCUCCAUUGUUGCCUACUGCUGACUGCAGAGGUUCACCUUGUAAAACACCCUGAACCAAAGGUCUGAAGCCAGCAGCUAUAUAAUUCUUUACCUUUCGACCCCAUCAAAGAAAAGAAAAGAACCUUCUUCAUCCUCUGACUCCCUCUAUGCGAGAGGUGGCAAACCAGUGCCACUUCUUCCCCAAUGUAGUUGCACUAUCCAUCAUCCCUGGCCAAUGGUCAUUCUGGCUUUUAGCUGAUUAGAGUUUAAGUCUAUCAGCAUCUUGGAGGGCAGGUGGAGACAGGUAAGCCCCCCCUGCUCUGUGCAAAUCUGCAACAGACAAGCUUGAAAGCACUUCAAUCACUUGGCAGAGCAAGGAGGGAAAGUCCAUUACUCUGGUACUUUGACAGAUUGCACCUGCUCUGAAAGAUGCAAAAUCUCCUAUCACCGCCCCCAUCCUAGCUGGAUGCUUAAUUAAGGUUUUGCUUUUUGCUUUUGUUUUUUUUAAAUCCAAUUAAACAUUAGUCCCUUCACUGAACUAAUUUGGGACCAGAUCCAGGCUGAAGCAGGUUGGCCCAGCCUGAUUGGAGUCACAGGGCAGAUGGAUGGGGAGUAUCCUGCCUUUUUCCCAAGUCACCUGGAAAACCACUGUCAGUCAGCACAAACAACACUGACCUAGAUGUCCCAGGCAGGGACACGAGUCUGGAAAGGGCAGCUUCCUAAGUUUCUACUAAGGUUUUUUUUUCAGAGCUUCACCUUUUAUCUACUACGGUUAGCGUGCAUGGUGUAAAAUAACCACCUUCCCAUUAUGCAACCAUGAAGUAUCUGUUCUGCUUGACUAAAAUUUCCUUUUAGAGUUGGCACACCUGCGGGGGCUAAGCAAAGUUCAAACAAUGUUGGCUAGAGAUUUGAUUAGAAACAAGGUUUAGAAUCCAAGACAGCUUUAUGAACUGUAAAUUGUCAGUCCCUGUUUGCACUGAGGCUUGAGAUGUGGUUUGAACUCGAGUGGGCAGGAUUUUUGUGGUAGAAUUGAAGUGGGAAAAUAAAAUCUCAUCGGCAGAAGAAGUGGUUCCUAAUGAAUAGAAAGUCUACAAGAAGGAAUUGGAAUGGCGAGUAUAUCUGGCACCACAUCACACCGGCACUUCUUAGCUGCUGCUUAUCCCAUUCCCUAGUGUGCUUAAUUUGAUUUUGUUGAGAGUUGAGUUUUUAGCUGCUUGUCUGCAGGAAAAACGAUCGAAACUAAAACAUGCAACAAUAGUUUUUUUUCACCUGCACUGUGACAGGAAUAGACAGGCUUGGUUUAGAUCAGCGUUUUCCAAAUAUUUUGGGAAAUUAGAUAUUUUGGGUCUCCAGAUAUUUUUUGGACUACAACACCCAUCAUCCUAAACUAGCCGGACCAGUGGUCAGGGAUGAUGGGGACUGUUGUCCAAAAACAGCUAGAUACCCAAGUUUGGGACACCCUGAUUGAGAGCAAGGAUGGGUUACCUCUAGAUCAGGAGUCAGCAACCUUUUUCAGCUGUGGGUCAGUCCACUGUCCCUCAGACCAUGUGGUGGGCCAGACUAUAUUUUGAAAAAAAAAAUGAACGAAUUCCUAUGCGCCACAAAUAACCCAGAGAUGCAUUUUAGAUAAAAGGAUGCAUUCUACUCAUGUAAAAACAUGCUGAUUCCUAGACCGUCCAUGGGCCCAUUGAGAAGGCAAUUGGGCCGCAUCUGGCCCCCGGGCCUUAGGCUGCCUGUCCCUGCUCUAGAAGUUGCAGGCCCAGGCGUCAUGCCCCCCCAGUCCCCCACCCCACAAGGAAGUAAAAGGCAACUGAGACUAGUUUGGAUCAAAACAGGCCACAACUUUAUUGAAUACAGAUGAAAGAGGUUUGGCUUGGGCAUGGGGCAAUCAAAUUAUUCCAGCCUACCUGCUGAAAGUGAUGCUAUCAGUCAGUCUGUGCAGGGGUUUCUAAUACUUACAUCAAAUAGGGUGAACCCCACAGGCAACUCCCCCCCCCCAGAUCCCUUUAAAGGGAUACCCCAGUAUUUUGAGGGGCAGGCAAAGAGACUACAACCUCCCCUCCAUCCAAGACUACGAUUGCCCCAAUAGGGAACUUUCAUAUGUUGUUGGACUCCAACUCCCAUCAGCUCCCUCUAGAAUAGCCAGUUGCCAGGGAUUAUGGGAAGUGAAGUCUGGAGGGCAUCAGGUUCCCCACCCCUGGUUUAAACAGUAGGUAGCUCUCAUGUCUCCUCCCCUGUAGUUCAAAAGGCAGCCAGUGGAUUUGCAGCCCAGUCAAGAUUGUGGGAAUGUGCCAUAUCGUGGCUGUCAUGAUCAUGAAAUGGAGGCUUGGACGCAAUCUUGAUAUAGGUCGGAGGGAUAAAACCACAGACUUAAGUACUCUGGGCCAAAUGAUAUCACUCACUUAUGGUAUCAGCCUGCCCAGUUAUGUGUCACAUAACACAACACCACACACAUAUGCCACUAGCAUCCUUCUGAACUGUAAAACAACGCAACAGUGUGUGAGAAACACGUAUAAGCACGCCUUGUAGGUUGCUCAAUCAAAUAUAUUUACACAAAGCUGCAGUAUUUUUAAAAAAUGAAUUGUUUCCAUUUGGUAUGAAAGGAUUGCUUUUUAACAAGCAAAGGCUGCUUGCAAAGAAUAGGGACCGAUAUUCAUUUUUCAUUGGUUUAGUUAUUAUUAUUAUUAUUAUUUUAUUCAUUUUUUGUCCACCCCACCCCUCUGCUCUGUUGCAUAUACAGUGGUACCUCGCAAGACGAAUGCCUCGCAAGACGGAAAACUCACAAAACGAAAGGGUUUUUCGUUUUUUGAGUUGCUUCGCAAGACGAUUUUCCCUAUGGGCUUGCUUCGCAAGACGGAAACGUCUUGCAAGUUUGUUUCCUUUUUCUUAAAACCGUUAAUACAGUUGUGACUUGACUUUGAGGAGCAACUCAUAGCACGCGGUGUGGUAGCCUUUUUUGAGGUUUUUGAGACUUUGGUGAUUUUUGAAGCUUUUCCAAAACUUUUCCGACACCGUGCUUAGCAAGACGAAAAAAACCGCAAGACGAAAAAACUCGUGGAACGAAUUAAUUUCGUCUUGCGAGGCACCACUGUAACAGAGCUACUUCCAGGCUGCUAAUUAAAAUCAUAACCUGUAAAUUGGAAAUAUGUGGUCAGCAUCAUCCAGUGGUCAACAGCAUUGCUCAUUUCCAAGCAUUGCUAUUAUUACUCCAGAGAAGUGGGGGGAAAUACUUCCGGGGUGGUAGAGUAUUUAAGUUUAUAGUGCUCAGUCCCUUGUGAGCCCACAUAUAUUUACUCCUAGUAUCUUCCUGAUGAAAAGUCUGUUCUGUUCUGCUAAGCGGCCUUGGGAGGUGACUGGGGAGAGGAGAUCUUUUGCUGCAAAGAGAGAGGAAGAAAAUAGCUUGGUAAAUGUUGCUCCGCAGAUGGUAAAAUUGUUAUUAUACAGUUGCCAGAAUGUUUGCCUUUCCGGAGGGAGUGCAAAUAAAGCUGUGAAUUUCAGGGAGCCAAAUGCUUCCUAAUGACAAACAAAUCUCUCAAGGUAUAACUUGUGAUGUAUGGUCUGCAGAGGUGAUACCUAACUACCUUUUAUGAACAAUGUUACCCCGGAGAUUAAAAAGAAAGAAAUCUGCCUAAACUAACUGGAAAUGUUUUCAAUUACAGACGCAGAGUUGGGUUUCCUCAACAGCGCCAGCAUGCAUGGAAUCAGCAUAGCACUAACAGGGCUGGUGACUCUUCUUAUUGGCUUUAUUUUGGGAGCUCUGUGCUGGAAGGUGAGAUAUGCCAACUAGAACGCUGGCUUACUUUAUGCAUUUGCUGACACAUAAAAAUACUUAUAUACCACUGUUUUUCUAUAGAAAACAACCCGCAAACACUUUUCAGAAAGUGACCAGAAUACAGAAUCAAACAUCUGCCAAGAGGAUAACGAAAUAAGGUAUUUUAAAAAAAUAAAAUUCCAUGGCUCCUGGAUCAGACCAAUCUGCUUUGUGCUGCUCUGGGGGAUGGAGUGGAAGGGGCAUAAGGAUUUUUUUAAACCCUAUUUUAACAAACAGGAGCUGGUGGGGGUAGGUGGCGGUGCUGACUAGAGCAUGUUGGUUCAUUCCUGAGGUGUGCUGUUCCUUUGCAAAUAGCACCACGUAGGAUCAAAUCCUCCUGCUGGUAAGCUAAAUAAUCUGAUCCCAUGGGAAGCUACCCCUUUGCAGGUGGCUUCAUGUAUGUAAGGGAAGCCACUCACAGAGAAGAAGUGACUGGCACUAUGCAGGAUGGGUGUGGUAUAGUGGUUAAGAGUGGUGGACUCGUAAUCUGGUGAACCAGGUUCGCGUCCCCGCUCCUCCACAUGCCGCUGCUGGGUGACCUUGGGCUACUCACACUUCUCUGAAGUCUCUCAGCCUCACUCACCUCACAGAGUGUUUGUUGUGGGGGAGGAAGGGAAAGGAGAUUGUUAGCCGCUUUGAGAUUCCUUAGGGUAGUAAAGUGGGAUAUCAAAUCCAAACUCUUCUUCCUCCUGUUUAGCAGCUGGUAAUCAAGGGGAUUUGAUUCUGUGCAGUGCUGCUUCAGGGAUAGGAAGAAGGUGAGGCCUGAACAUGAAAUACAUCUGAGGGAAAACUUUGGGUCAUGUCUCAUAUACUAUGUUCCAUUAAGCCUCCAGUCCAAAGCUAACUUGCUCAGGGUAACAUAGGGCGACUUAUUUUCUGAGUAGAUAUGCAAAAGGGUGGAGCUGUCAGAACGUAAAACAAACAGCUGAAAAGUCAGAAGAAAGUUUUCUUCCCAUGCAGAUGUCAGGUUUAUUGCAGUUCUUUCACCAGCUUCCAACACAGUUCUUUGUAUGCCUACUCAGAAAUAAGGCCCAUUGAAUAACUGGGUCUUACCCACAGGAAACUCAGAGGAGUCUUAAGAAUAAAAAAAUCAUAAUUUUCAUCCAAUUAUGCUUUACAAUAAGUCUGAAACCCACCUAUGACCUUUCUCUACAAAUGGAUGUUCUUUAAUCUUGAGCAGGGAUCUUUAAAAUUGUGUUAAAAUUGAUCCUCUCUGCUGCCCAUAUGAUAAAUGCAUUUUGGUUUUUCUUUGCCUUUCAGUAUGCUGCAGCAAAAAGAGAAAAUACUUCUACAGGUGUAGCUGUUGCUUUUUUAUAUAUAUACACUGUUACUGUUUCAUGUCUUGGUAAGUUCCGGAAAAGACAAUUUUGAAUUGCCCACAAAACUUUUCUAAUGAUUAGCCUGUUGAAAUGUGUAGUAACUAUUCCCUAAGGAUUAUUUUAUAAAACUUGAAGCUAACAGGCCAUUAAUUUAAAAACUACUGCUUCAGUAACAGUAGAGUCACAGCCUUUGAAAGUAAGCCCCUUUGCUUCCCUUUAGAGAGGUAUUCAAGAGAUGGUAGGCUAUUCAAUGAGACCUCUGAGUUCUAGUAUCUAAAAACACAACUUGUGCCCUUCGGGGGCUAGAACUUCAUCUAGUACUGGCACUCGCAGGAACUCCCAUCUGCUUUGCAUGCAGACAGUUGCAAUAUCCAGCAUCUACAUAUAAGAUUGGGAAUAUUCCCUGCUUGAGAUACUGGAUAGUCACCACCGGUCAGCGUUGACAAUACUGAGCAAGCUGGAACAAUCGUCCUGACUCAGUAUACGGCAAUUUCCUGUGUUCCUGUGAAACUCUGCAUUAGCAUUCCAAAGUAUUAAAGGAUAUUUACCUGCAAAGUAGUUGCUGUGGUACAAACGACCACUUUGAAAUAUUCUAUGGCCUAUCCAUAUGGUGGGUUGAUAAGGGCCUUCACUAAGUUUCCAGUUUCCAUCAUAGCAUUCAUUUCAUAUUGCAGCCAUAUAUGGGGGGGAAAUCUAGCCCUCAACCCAUAGCAGCUUUACAAUUUGCACCUAAUCCAGGGCAGGGAGGGGGUGAUAUUCACCAAUAUCAUAGCCAGGGAGGCUUAAACCUCCCUUCACUGCUGCUUUCCUGAAGACAAUCUCACCUCCUUGACUGGUAUAACUUGAUUGUCAGUUGCAUCUAGGGGUUGACUUUUUUGACAAGACUAAGCUAAGCUGGCCAAUAUGUUUCAGAUGUGAACUGAGCUUAAGUUAAAGAUUUAGAAUGUACAUAAAAUGAGGUUUGUGGUCAAGGUUUUUGCUGGCAAACACCAUAACAUUAUCCCUCUUCUCCGCCCCCUUCUCAUACAUGCAUACACUAACACAUGACUUGUUUCCACUUUACACUGAACACAGGUACAAACUGUCUUUACACACAUACAUGUGUUUAUGAUGUGAAAGAGCACACUAUUGUGUACAGAGCUACACAGACCGUAUACUCACUGACAGUGGGGUUUUUUCUGGGGGGGACGCAGGGGACGCAUACCCCUAAACAUUUUGUAAAUCUAAGUUUGGCCUCAUUGAGGGGCAGUAUUUCACUAUGAGUAGGAAAAUGAAAGUACCCCCUAAACACUUUUUUUUUAGAAAAAAAGCACUGCUCAUUGAAUAUUGCGUCUGUGUAGCUACAAAUAUGGAACGCGGGUGGCGCUGUGGGUUAAACCACAGAGCCUAGGACUUGCUGAUCAGAAGGUCGGCAGUUCGAAUCCCCGCGACAGGGUGAGCUCCCGUUGCUCGGUCCCUGCUCCUGCCAACCUAGCAGUUCGAAAGCACACCAGUGCAAGUAGAUAAAUAGGUACCGCUCUGGUGGGAAGGUAAACGGUGUUUCCGUGCGCUGCUCUGGUUCACCAGAAGCAGCUUAAUCAUGCUGCCCACAUGACCCGGAAGCUGUACGCUGGCUCCCUCAGCCAAUAAAGCGAGAUGAGCACCGCAACCCCAGAGUCGGCCAUGACUAGACCUAAUGGUCAGGGGUCCCUUUACCUUUAGCUUUUUAUAACUACAAAUGCACAGUUCAACUCGUAUGUCUGCAUGGCACACAUAGACAUGCUGAAGGUAAUAUAUGUACAAACACCCCUAGUUAACACAGCAUGGGAUAAUAUUCUCCAAUGCUUUUAUUGUUGCCCAUAGUCUCAUCCCACGGUCCUAUCUUCCAAUCCUCUUCUGUGUCCAUUCCUUUCAUAAAUUUUGACACUUUGCCCAGCAUUUCUUUCCUCCCUUUCCUAUAUCUUCUUCUUUUCCUUCUUCCCUGAUACCUUGUGAUGCUAUCACUUCCUUCCCUGAGAGGGCAAGUCCGUUCUGCUACAGACAUAAUGCAUGUAUGCUGAAACUGCUUCACAAGGAGGAAUUUGCUUGGUUUUGUGAUUUGGAGGUGCCUUUUGCUAAUUUGUGAAAUUAAACAAAUUUCAAGAAAACAUCUCCCAAAAGCUAUUGCGUUUUUCUUUCCCCCCUCUCUUCUCUACUAGGCAGCUAACAGUUCCAUGUUUGCUUCAUAAAUGAAGCAGCUUUAAGCAUAUUUGUAUUCCUUCUGGAGUGACAGACUGAGUCUGCAUCUGUUGUUGUUGCCCGUGACUCCAUAUUGAGAAUAUAGAGCUGUGGACAAAGAGUGUGCUACUGUGAAACCAACGUUGAAUUAAACAUCAAAGAAGAGUCUGCACUGAAAUGGACUGUAUUUUUAUAUUCAGACAGAUUUGUUUCUUUGCAUCUUCAAAUUUGCAGUGGAAUUUCGCGAAUGCAUGAACAAGUAAUUCUGGAUUUAUGGGAUCCAACUCCAAAAGUCAUCAGGAAAUUUGCAUUUUGCGUACAAAAGGAGACUCUGAAUGGGAGAAAAACGCAGAAAUUAAUGAGAAUACAAAUCUUCAGCACUGUACAUAAGACUUGCAAGUAAGGUUAUGCAGUGGACUAAUGUGCUAGCUUUCUUUCAUCGGUGGAACUGGGUUCAUAUUAAAUAAGAUUGGAUAUCUGUCGAGCUGUAAGUGAAAUUUUAUUCCAUGUCACAGAAAACAAACAUACACUUUGGCAAAGCUGUUAAUAUCCAUCAAGGAGAAGUAAACACUGGAUCUUGAAAAUGGGGCAAUCGGAAUAGAAUGGAACAUUGAUUGCCUGAUGUUGGGGAGACUCCUAUUAAUGUUCCAGUGAGAAAAUGGAGAGAGAGAAAAGAAGUCAGCUUCAGGAAUAAAAAAAAUGCCAUGACGUCUAUUUAAAAUGCAUAUAAACAUGCAAUUUUAUUCUUGACAUUUGCAAAAAAAAUCAUGUCAUCUCGAAGAUACUAAGGUUUAGUUUAACUUUUACUGUAUGCCAUUUCAUAUUUGCAAAUGAAUUUUAAAAGUAAUACACUUUUCAUCACUUAGCCUUCUCCAUCAAAUAUUAUAUUAGUUCAGCUCAAAUAAAAAAGAGAAAACUUUCUUAAUAGUUGUCAGUCUCUUGAUAUUAUUUGUAGCAAAGCUGUGGACAACAAAUCCAAGACUGAAAAUAACCUGCUAUUCAUAAAUUUAAAAGAGGGCACUAAAAGUUAAUCAGAGCCCAUAUAGAAUUUACUUAAGUUCUUAUUAUUUCCGGAAGAGAUAUUCACAGGAUAUUGUAUUCUGUGAAACAGCUGGGUUGCUCUACAUUCCAAGCUACUAAUCCAAUAAUAACCUUAAACUAUAAUCUUAACUAUUGUUAAACUAAAAGUUUAACUAUUGUUAAAAUGCUCAUUUACAACGCAGUGAUUAAAUUACCUAUGCUUAAGGGAUACUUUAUUUAAAAGAUUUUCACAUAUUUAUUUAUUUUUCAUAUAUGUCACAGACUCUUAGAAAUAAUAUAUGAAAAGCUAUAGAAUGUAUUUAGGAUAGAUUUAAAAAUAACACAAAUCUGGCAUUCCUAAAAUCUCUGUCCUGUUAUUUUUUUGGCUGGCAUUGAAGCCAAAUGACAGCAUACGUACCACCAAAACCAUUUGUAGUAAUUAGGAUGAGAUCAGUGUGUCUGGCUGUUAACCAGAAAGUUGGUGGUUGGAGCCUACCCAGGGAUGGAUGGCUUUGAGCAGGAUUCCUGCAUUGCAGGGCAUUGGACUAGAAGACCCUUGGGGUCCCUUCCAAUUCUACAAUUCUAUGAGGCAUAUUUGGGACACAUGUUGCAGUCCAAAUGACAGAGCUGAUCUGUUGAGCUGGUUUGAUGAUGCCCAGGACCACCAGCUUCUAUCUGUGACUAUAGCCCAUAGCUAGAUCAGAGCCUACAAUUGUGACUGUCCAUCUUUAGAGUCGGAAAAUCAUGAAAAUCUCUGUGCAACCUAAAGAUAUAGGAAGAUCUGCUUGAAUGUAGCUCUAGUGCAGGCCCCGACAAGGUAGAAACUAGAGCCUCAGUCAAUAGUAUCAUGCCUCAGUAAAUCACUAUGCACAUCAUAAACAUGGACAACAUUUCACAUUCCAGUAAGUGUUCUGGAACACAGUUGUGGAUGCAAUAUCCGAAACCUGCUUUUUUUAAAAAAAAAAUUCUUCAGAAGGGAACAAAGGACCCAUUUGUUGCUUGAUUAAACUGGCUUUAAAGGUAACGUUGCAUACUUGUUGGAAACUGCAGUACAUAUUGUGCAAAGAUUCAUUUAUACUGCAGGGUUUAUAACAAUGCCACAUUCUUUUUCCCUUCCCAAAAAAACAGAACGAGACAAAUUUAAGGUCAAGAGGCAUUUACAGAGCCAACGAAAAAUUCCAAGUAUAAUCCUACUGGCCUUACCAUGCUUGCAUAACAAUCAUUGUUCUCGCUUUGAAUGUAAAUAACCUCCAUUAGCACAAAGUGGAAUACCAUCCCAUCAAAACUAAAGCUGAAUAAUCAUUUUGACAGUGAGUAGCAUUUCCUUGGCAUUUUAUGCUUAAGACGUUUGACUGAGUGGUUUGGGCCAUCUCAGUUGAAUGUCACAAAGAUGAAAUAUCUGGAGACUACUUUACCAUUUAGGAUAACCAUUUGGCAACCUAAUCUUUGAAAACUGUAAUGGGAUGGAUAUCUCCAUCUGAGGAAGAGCAAUCUUUGGAUCCAAAUCCAGUUUGUUUAUUUGGUACCUAAAUUUGGUUGUGGACAUAGCUCAUUUCCCUUUUAUUGUGAUAUUAAAAUGAUUUGUGGCCAGAUUUUGAAUUCUGGAAUUGUCAAAGUGGCUACUAUUGAGUUUAAGGGCAUGACUCCACCAGAAAGGUAAAAUUGGUGUCUUUGUGCCAGAAUUGGGAUCCAGCCCAGUCACAGCCAGGACUCAACAAGGCAGAUAGUUCAGAGCGGCCACAUUAUCUGAUUUUUUUUAGUAAUGAGUUAGCUGUUCUUCAUGGGAAGUAGAGCAUGGCUGUCUAUAGCUUUCAUGAGUCACAGAGCUCUGUUUUAGAUUUGACAAUGCCAAUCACUGUGUGUGUGAUGUUGCAGCUCCAAGUGUUUCGUGAAGGGAUCAUUCACAACAGCAUGGAGAAGGGGCAAAGACUCUCAAAGAAAUCAAGAGAGGUGGGGAGCUGGUUUAGCACAUAUGGAAGAUCACUUAAUGCAGAUUAAUCUCCCCAAUACCAUUUAAGAAUUCAGUUAAAUUCAGAAUCUGGAUGGGUGAACUUCCUCUGUCUUCUCAAUGCAGAGUUAGCAGUAGACUGAGGAUAUGUAUCAGUUUUUGUGUGGGCAGAACCCCAGCGGGGUUUUCUUUUGUGCUUAUGAGUUCUUUUGGAUUGUUGAUCACUGAGUAUAAGGGUAGGAGCCACCAUUAUCAUUCAGAUAAAAACCUUUUUAAACAUCCUUUGGGUUGGAUCAAGUCCUUCUACAAACAGAAGGGCUGCUCCUAACAACAGCACAAGAUCCUUCCAUGGGGAAAUCCAGUGGUGUGCUUCUGUUGCACAAUGUCUCGAGAUGUGUGCUUGUGCAAACUCUGUGUUGAACAAAGACCUACUUCCUGUGCAACAGUGUGCAAAUCAGUGACACUGCCCAUGUUUUUCCCGGUGACUUAUCUCCAGAUCCAACAUUUUCUCUCUGUGUAGUGUAUGUAGUGCUCUUUUUUGGGGGGAGGGGGGUGUUUUUCAGCAAGGGGCCCUUAUAGUCGUGCCUUGGAAGUUGAACGGAGUCUGUUCUGAAAGUCCUUUUGACUUCCAAAACGUUUGAAAACCAAAUUGCGGCUUCUGAUUGGCUGCAGGAAGCUCCUGCAGCCAUCAGAAGCUGUGGAAACCCCGUUGGACGUUCAGGUUCCAAAAGAACAUUCGCAAACCAAAACAAUCACUUCCGGGUUUGCGGAGCCAAAACGUCUGAGUUCUAGGGCAUUCAGGAUCCAAGGUACGACUGUAUAUUCCUCCAAAAGAAUAAAAAUGCUGUUUUUUAAAGAAAAUUAAUAGAUCAAUUAAGCCAACAUCAUUUUAUCCCUUAUGGAGCUUGUGAAAGUGCAUCUAGUGAAUUCAUGGAUAGCUUCUGUGGAAACAGAAAGCAGCUAGCUACAUAGGGCAAAUUUCAGUAUGCUAUGUUACAAGAGAUUUUACUUGAAUAACUUAAUGGUACUUAUUUCACUGCAAACUCAUUCUAGAUCCAUAUUUAAUACAAAUGUGCCAUGCUACGUUCCUUUCUCUUUUGAAUGUGGUUAGACUCUCCAGACUACACACUAUUUAAUUGUUAAAUCAAAAAGCUAUGUUUGUAUUGUUUCAGCUAUUUGGAAUAAGAGUUUGAGAAUUACAUAAAAGUUUCCCCUGUAUCACUAGUAAUUUCAUUCACCUGUAUUUUUAAAAGAAGCCAUGUAAUAAAAUAAAAUAUUAUUAUUAAAUAUAUUUAAGUCCUAGGAACUCAGAAACUUUAGGCUCUUUCUUAUCGGACAGAUAUAUUCCUUUGCUGGCUCAGUCAUGGAUUGAGAUUAUGUAUAUUUUGAUGUUUAUUUGUAAUCUGACUGAAGGUUAAUUGACCAAGUUUAUAAAAUGUAAUGUGUAUCUUAUGUGUCCUCUUAAAAAUAGAUGUAUACCCCUGUCCUUUUUUUAUAUUGGUUGAAUCUGAAAUUAUAUACAUAUGCUUUAUUGUUCUAAACAAUGAAUUUUAUGCACUG